UGCAGCCUCAGGCAGAGCAGCAGAACUGUCCACUCUGCACGGCUACAGCCCAGAGAUGGCAUCUGGGAAGAGGGUGCCUCUCUGGCUGGCAUGCUUCGGAGCUCUGGUGACUCUGAGCCACGGCGCUCCAAGGUGAAUAUGUUGGGCAGGGACGUGGGUUUGCCAGUCCCCAGUCCCCUUUCUGACUCCUGUCUCAAGAAUAGCUUCUGUUUUUCUGCAUGGGCUUUAAGAACGACCUGGCAAACAGAAGUUCAACAGGUGAAGGGUGGGGUGGGUGUGUUGCAUCCUUGCUUCGCAAACAGUUACCUGUUGAAGUUUUGCCUGUUGCCCAGGUGUCAAAGGCACAGGAAAAGUGGCAAUGCUUGCUCUGUUCAAAGGCAUCUGCACGCUCUCGGUAAUUCGGCUGUCUGCUUGUUUCAGUUAUUUUAACCAUGUCGCAGUCUUAGGGUGCAAUUCUAUGCUCCCUUACCCAACCAAUUGGGCUGCUAUUGGCAUGUUAUUGGUCCUCAAUGGAGAAAGACAAGUUGUUACAAUCUCAGGAAAUAAAUAUUAAUUCGCAUGCAUUGCCAGUGAUUAAGCGGCUGGCUCUUCUUCUUUAAAAUGGAUUGCUUAUGAAGGAUUUGGUUUUAUGUUAAUGAACUAUUUUAUGCAUGAUAUAAGUUGAUGCAAUUUUUAUGCAGCAAAUGAGGUUUUAUGCUGAACUUCAAGGGAGGUGGGGGAAAUGUCAUAUAAUAGUGUUAUCUAAGCAUCGGCUGCUCUCGAAUGUAGAAAAUAAUUUGUUUCCCCUCCAAACUUGUCAAGUAUUGCUAACUUUGAUUAAUACGUUAUUGUCAAUUUUUGUGAUUAGAUUUAUUUCACAGGAUAGUAUGUAAUUCUGAGGGCUAUGGAGUGCAAUCUUGGGCAUUUUACUCAGAAGGAAGCACCACUAAAUUCAAUGGGAUUUUAUCUCAAGUAACCGCAGGAAAGGUUACAGCUUAGCUAAAUUCUUUUCGGGAGCCUCCAUAGGGUCAGAAUUUUGUGGGAAAGAUCCAAGCCCAUGCUCCCAGGGUGAUAUUCCGUGUUAGUGCUACUCAGAGUAAACACAUCGAAAUUCAUGAAGGUGACUAACUUUUAGUAAUGGGUGCACUCUGAGUAGCACUUGGAAUCACAGAAUUGUAGAGUCAGAAGGGACUCUGAGGAUCAUAGAUAGAUAGAUAGAUAGAUAAUUUAUUACGGCCAAAGACCAGCUCACGUAACAUAACACAAUAAAAACAGCGUUCAUAAAGAUAAAAUAUACAAUCGGAGCAGAUUGCAGCCAUAGCUCAUGAGUUAAAAUUGAGAUAUAUACCUACACACGUACAACUGAGAUUUGGGCCAUAGCUGUCAACGUUCCCCUUUUUUUAAGGGAAAUUCCCUUAUUCCGAAUAGGAAAAGGGAAAAGUUGACAGCUAUGAUUUGGGCUACCCUGAGGAUCAUCUAGUCCAACCCCCUGCAAUGCAGGAAAAUCCCCAUAUGGGGAUCGAACCUGCAAGCCUGGCAUUAUCAGAACCACACACUAACCAGCUGAGCUAUCCAGACUGAACAUAAACCUUAGGUCUGCACCAUUAAAGUGGAUUAAUAAGCUCUGUUGCUGUAGGACAAUACAUCCUGUUAAAAAGGGGGAACCUGCCUUCUUGUGGUUUAUAAAGCAUCGGUUUGUGCAGAGCCAUCAGCAGAUUGGUAUGUGCCUUUUUUUCUUUUUCUUUUGCAGAACCAGCAAAAAAAGAGUGCUGUUUACACACACACACUUUUAUUAUUUGAAGCGUUUUCUUUUAAAAGUGAUAGUUUGUUCAACUCGGGAAUUCCCCAGCUCGUUAUAUCUAGAUGGCGUUAAGGAAACAACACUCUGUGGAAGGCUGCCAAUAUAAAUAUUGCGAAAGAAUGGAAAUUUGUUCCCACUUUGAAAUCUUCUUCUUUGUUGCUUGUGUUUUGAUUAUUUAUCAGGGAAGGAACAGGGUUAGGCCAGAAGCUCAGACACAAACAGAACUGGGGGGAGUCGGGUCAGAGGCCUAUGCUCAAUUUCCUGGGAGUAAGCACUCUGCUUCUGAUACACUCCACCUUCCUACCCACUUCUAUCAUGAAUCCUCUUUCUACAACGGUCUAACUGGGCCGACUCUACUUUCUUUCCCCACUCAAGAAACCCACUUUUGCCGCAGUCCCUCCCCUUAAGGUUAUAUCUAAAUAUAGGGGUGCCAACUUGAAUAAAAUAUUGUGGGUCAGGUAAGGCCCGCCCCACAGAAUCCAUCACAUGACACAGUGCACCCACACUAUUUGAAUGGGAAUACCCAUUAACUUUGUGGGGACUCAGCCCCCUGAAUAUUUUAUUGGGGGGGCUGAAGGCCCCAUUCAUAGGAGUUGGCUCCUAUGUCUCCAUACCCUCUAACAUUUCUCCAAUGAAAAUAGGGACGUCCUAUAUGAUAAUAUUGGGCGCCGAUCAAACAUCAAGCAUUAAAAUACUUCCCUAUGCAGGGCUGCCUUCAGAUGUCUUCUAAAGGUUGUAUAGUUACUUAUCUCCUUGGCUUGGGGCGGCGGGUCACAUAACUCCAUACCUUCCAACAUUUUUCCAGUGAAAAUAUGGGCCUCCUACCACACCACCAAUCAGAAGGUCGGCGGUUCGAAUCCCCAUGACGGUGUGAGCUCCUGUUGUUUGGUCCCUGCUCUUGCCAACCUAUCAGUUUGAAAGCACAUCAAAGUGCAAGUAGAUAAAUAGGUACCACUCUGGCGGGAAGGUAAACGGCAUUUCCAUGCACUGCUCUGGUUCGCCAGAAGCGGCUUAGUCAUACUGGCCACAUGACCCAGAAGCUGUACGCCGGCUCCCUCGGCCAAUAAAGCGAGAUGAGCACUGCAACCCCAGAGUCAGUCACGACUGGACCAAAUGGUCAGGGGUCCCUUUACCUUUACCACACCCUCCCAACAUUUAUUUGAUGAAAGUAGGGACAUCCUAAGAAAAAUCUGGACAUUUCAGGGUCAAAUCAGAAACCGGGACAGCUUCUGUAAAUCCAGGACUGUCCCUGGAAAAUAGGGACACAGAGGAUCUGUAUCUCUCUUUCGCAAACACACACAUACAUUUCUUCUUCUUCUUUGGCGAUCAUUCGUAGCCAAGUAAGAUUGUCUUCCAUAAACACAGUUUUAACAAUGAGUCCGUAAGUGACUGUGGAGACCGGUUCUGGACCCACAUGUCCUUCCACACUGGGGACAUAGGUUUCCAGGCGGGAGACAAUCACAGUGCGGAUUUGCCAAGCGUGCCUUCCUCUUAGCACGUUUCUCCCUUGCGUCCUGAGUUCGAGUGUCUUCAAAGCCCAUGACACCUUUGGUAAAGACUGUUCUCCAACUGGAGUGCUUGCAGGCCAGUGUUUCCCAGUUGUCUGUGUUUAUACUACAUUUUUUAAGAUUUGUCUCGAGACAGUCUUUAAACCUCUUUUGUUGACCACCAGCAUUACGCUUUCCAUAAACACACAGAGGAAGAACACGCACCCCUCCCUCCCAGACCCACAUGCCUACAUUAGGGUUGUUGUAUUUCAAAAAGUGAAAAUCAGGACCGAGUUGUUUAGUUACUUUUUUGCCCGAAGUUGUUCAGGUCCUUUUGGUUGAUUUUUUUUUUUAAGGGGAACCAAAGUUGUUUAGCUUUUUUUUUAGUUGAAGGUACAAUAAUUUUUGAGUUUUGAAGCUUUUAAAAGGCAUUUUUGGCACGAUUUAACCCCCGUUGCUGGUUUUCCAGGACAUUUGCCCGAUUUCCGAAAAAUAAUCCAAGAUGCCAUUUUUGGAGGCGAAUUCCAGGACAUAUCCUGGACAAUGAGGACAUAUGGCAGUCUUAGCAUACAUACCCUUUCUCCUUCCUUUCCCCCCCCCUUUCUCUCUCUCUCUCUCUCUCUCUCUCUCUCUCUCUCUCACACACACACACACACACACAAAUAGAACUUGCUUCCCUCUGCCACUCAUGUGCUUGCCUGCCCAGGCUGUUAUUCACAUUCACAGUCUAUGCCGUAUAAUAUAUAAAUGAGCGUAUGAAGAAUCUGCCAAUGACCCACCUGGUCCAGCAUCCUGUUCUCACAGUGGCCAAGCUUCUUAGAGGCUUUUGCUGUUAAAUCCUAUUAAAUAUUUUUCUUAAAAAAAAAUAUUGAAAAAGAAAAAAAUAAUGCAUGCCAACACUAUGCAUCUGUUUGUUAUGAUCAUAUUUGUUAUAUAUUUGUUAUAUGAUCUAGUUUGUUCCUCCCUUCCCUCAGAGCCUUUUCUUACCUGUCGCAGCUUGCAAAAGUGUUUGGCAUUUUCAGAGCCGCAUGAAGAAUGGCUGCAGGAAGGAAAUAGUGGGGCCAACACUGUUACUAUAUCUCUGCCCACUUUGCAGGUUGCUGAUGGUAGCGCCCAGCGUGGUGACGGUGGGGGUGGAGGUGCCGAUCGCCCUUCAGGUAGAAGACGCCCCUCCAGGCGGGCUGUCAGGCACCGUUUAUUUCCAGAAUGAGUAUACCAGGAUACUAUGUUCCCACGAAGUGCGCUUCAAUGUCGGGCCUGAUAUACAGAAAGUGACCUUGAAGGUAGGAGAUGCUGCUGCCCUCGAGAGAUAAUUCCUGGUUCUAAGCAUUCGUCAACACCGGCAACUCCUAGAGCUACCUGGAGCCCAUUGAAACUGAUUGGGCGGAAGGCAAGGAUGCCAACACUAGGGGGAGCCAGAGCCAAAAAGAGGCAGAGUGUUUUGCACAAGCAAGACCUUUUGCCUCUCCCCACUGUCUCACCCCUUUCUCGUUUUCUCAGGUGACCCCCGAACUUUUUAGGCAAUGUGACUUGACUCGCCUUCGGCGGGAAGGCUACAUCCAGCUUGUGGCCCGCAGCCCUCAGCUCUCGAACGGGGUUCAAAGCCUCAACCUGCGGUGGACGGCCCGGAAAGGGUACCUGCUUCUGCAGACCGACAAGCCAAUCUACACCCCUCGGCAAAAGGGUGAGUCCAACGCCUUGAGCAUUUUGGCCUUGCUCAGCUGACGUUUUCCAUUUGCAGGCAUGCACCCUUAAAAAACCCACGAGGCACCCGAAAGAAAAGCUCAGCCUGUGCACACGCUAUAUCGAUAAUAAUAAUAAUAAUAAUAAUAAUAAUAAUAAUAAUAGUUGUUGUUGUUUAGUCGUUUAGUCGUGUCCGACUCUUCGUGACCCCAUGGACCAGAGCACGCCAGGCACUCCUGUCUUCCACUGCCUCCCACAGUUUGGUCAAACUCAUGCUGGUAGCUUCGAGAACACUGUCCAAUCAUCUCAUUCUCUGCCGUCCCCUUCUCCUAGUUUGGCGGAGAUGGAAAAAUCUUUCCCAACAUCAGGGUCUUUUCCAGGGAGUCUUCUCUUCUCAUGAGGUGGCCAAAGUAUUGGAGCCUCAGCUUCAGGAUCUGUCCUUCCAGUGAGCACUCAGGGCUGAUUUCCUUAAGAAUGGAUAGGUUUGAUCUUCUUGCAGUCCAUGGGACUCUCAAGAGUCUCCUCCAGCACCACAAUUCAAAAGCAUCAAUUAUUCGGCGAUCAGCCUUCUGUAUGGUCCAGCUUUCACUUCCAUACAUCACUACUGGGAAAACCAUAGCUUUAACUAUACGCACCUUUGUUGGCAAGGUGAUGUCUCUGCUUUUUAAGAUGCUGUCCAGGUUUGUCAUUGCUUUUCUCCCAAGAAGCAGGCGUCUUUUAUUUUCGUGACUGCUGUCACCAUCUGCAGUGAUCAUGGAGCCCAAGAAAGUAAAAUCUCACUGCCUCCAUUUCUUCCCCUUCUCUUUGCCAGGAGGUGAUGGGCCCAGUGGCCAUGAUCUUCGUUUUUUAUUAUUAUAAUAAUAAAUAAAUAAAUAAAUAAAUAUAUUAUUUAUACCCCACCCAUCUGGCUGGGUUUCCCUAGCAACUAUAAAGCCCAUCUUUCCCCUCACAGUUAAUUCUGGGCAUUGUCAUCUGUUACCGGUGGCUGUGAAUUGUAACUCUGUGAGGGACAAGACAACAGCGCCUACAAUUCUUUGAGGGAAAGCUCAUAGAUAUACUAUAGAAUCAUAGUGUUGGAAGGGACCCCGAGGAUCAUCCAGUCCACCCUGUGCAAUGCAGGAAUAUGCAGCUGUCCCAUACGGAGAUCGAACCUGCAACCUUGGCGUUAUCAGCACCACGCUGUAGCCAACUGAGCUGCCCAAUUAAGAGUGUGCUUUCAGUGCCCGAGGCUGCAUACACACCAAAUAUUUAAAACACAUUGUCCCCCACCCACCUCAAAAAUCCUGGGAACCGUAGUUUGCUAAUAAUAAUAAUAAUAAUAAUAAUAAUAAUAAUAAUAAUAAAUUUUAUUUAUAUCCCGCCCUCCCCAGCCGAAGCCGGGCUCAGGGCGGCUAACAACAAUAAAACAGUACAAAAGUACAGCACAAACAACACUCUAAAAUCAUUCAUUAUAAAAUUAAUUAAUUCAAGCCACUGGCAACCAUUGGGCCAGAGCUCCGCGAAGAUUGCCGAGGGAGGGAGUCAGGCUGUGCCCUGGCCAAAGGCCUGGUGGAACAGCUCUGUCUUGCAGGCCCUGCGGAAAGAUGUCAAGUCCCGCAGGGCCCUGGUCUCUUGUGACAGAGCGUUCCACCAGAUCGGGGCCACGGCCGAAAAAGCCCUGGCUCUAGUUGAGGCCAGCCUAACUUCUCUGUGGCCUGGGACCUUCAAUAUGUUUUUAUUUGAGGACCGUAAGUUUCUCUAUGGGGCAUACCAGGAGAGGCAGUCCCAUAGGUACGAGGGUCCUAGGCCGUAUAGGGCUUUAAAGGUUAAAACCAGCACCUUAAACCUGAUCCUGUACUCCACCGGGAGCCAGUGCAGCUGGUAUAGCGCCGGGUGAAUGUGAUCUCGCAGCGAAGACCCUGUAAGGAGUCUCGCUGCAGCAUUCUGCACCCGCUGGAGUUUCUGGGUCAGUCUCAAGGGCAGCCCCACGUAGAGCGAGUUACAAUAAUCCAGUCUGGAGGUGACCGUCGCGUGGAUCACAGUGGCUAGGUCAGGGCGAGAGAGGUAAGGAGCCAACUGCUUAGUUUGGCGGAGAUGGAAAAAUGCCGCCUUUGUUGUAGCUGCAAUCUGCGCCUCCAUGGAAAGGGAGGUGUCGAAGAUUACACCCAAACUCUUAACGGACGGUGCUGGCGCUGGCUAAGGGUGCUGGGAAUUCUAGGGGUUCUUAUGGGUUCCAGACAGGGCCGUCUUAAGCCUAUCUGGCGCUGUGGUGCAAAGAUCCCUCUGGUGCCCCCCUAGCAACUACAAAACAAGGGAGGGGGCGGUGGAAAAUGUCCUCUGCCUUCUCCACCACCCUGAUCCCCGGCGUGGUGGCGGCGGCGAUCAAGCAGGAGAAGGUGCUGGUGGACAUGCUCUCCAGCGUCAGGAGUUGGCAUGGCGCAGCUGGGGGGCAUGCAGGGAAAGGGGCAAAGCCGCGAAGCUCCUCCAGUUGCUAGGGCGCCCUUGAGAAGCUGGCGCUCUGGCGCAACGAACCACUAAGCCCUAUGGGAAAGAUGGCUCUGGUUCCAGGAUUCUUAUGGUUGAGGGAGAUUACUUUAAAUUCAUAGCCUGGUGUGCAGCCUUGGAACAGCAGCCAAGUGUGCUGCGUACAUUUGGGGCUCAUCCAAGGAUCCCACUGCCUAUGCUGCUGUUCUGUACUUAGAGGAGGAGCAGCCUUUCCCAACCUGGUGCCCUCAAGAUGUUUUGAACUCCCAGGUCAGCCCCAGCCAGCACAACCAUGGCUGCCUUCGGGCCCCACCCUCUCCCCACCAGACACCCCCUUUCUACAGUUUUGUGAUUCCUUAUUGCCUUAUCCAACACGGCACUGUGAGAGAACUGCUUCUAUCGCGGCACGUGGGUUGGGGAACAAAGACCCAUCUCGCAGAAUCCUUUGCCAAAACCCAUAGCCUGACUCAAUAUUGUCCUUUUCGCGUACACGGCAACGUCUAUUUAUGUGGCUCCAAAGGUGAAAUAGCAAAGUCCUGUUUGCUCCGCACCUCGCGUUUCACGCCCAACCCUGUUCGAUUGCUUCUCAGCCUUUGUAAGCAAAGCCCUGCGGAGUCCCACACCUGCACACAAACACACAAACACACACACACACACACACACACACACACACAGGGAAUGUGGCUGCCAAGUAACCGCCAAGGCCGAAGCCAGUACAUAAUACUCUGCAAAGGCAGCAGCUUAAGUUAUCAAUGUAACUGUGAUACAAAAGCAACCACACUUUAGAGUAGGAUUAAGCAGUUUAAGGUGCAGUGCCAUCCUUAUAGCCACAAAGAGAUUUCUUCCCCCUCUUGUGUUGCUGUAUAGGGAAGUUUUUAAUGUUUGAUAUUUUAUUAUGCUUUUAUAUGUGUUGGAAGCCAGCUGGGGCAACCAAGGCUGGAUAUACAGCGACCUAUUUAACGUUAUUAGAACAAUAUUAGAUAUAUCGUUCUAAAACGUCACAGGGCAUACUUGUAAAUUAAAAGUGUUUCUUACCUUGUUUUCUCUGUAAAAACAUUGUUUUCUUGCUGCCAAUUCCUGGUUGCUCUGCAGCGCUCUCUGUUGUCACAUUUUAAUGACGCAUUGUGAACGUUAAAAGUAGGACGUAGUGUGUUCAUCGAUGUUAUGAAAACCCUUCCUUAAUGUUCUAAACCAUGAGUGUAGAUCCACCCCCAGUCAGAUGGGUGGGAUACAGACAGGGCUUUAUUUCAGCCAGAAUUCGCCACCUCUCAGCGGGCACCAUUGCCAUCAUAAGAGAACAAGGGAGGCAUUCAUGGUGAGUUCCAGAACCUCUUUUUCUAGUAAAAGAUCACUGGGUACAAUUAUUAUUAUUAUUAUUUUAUUUUCCUACUUCUUCCUCACACUCCAUUUUUGGUUCUUCUGCUUCCAGUGAAUUUCCGAGUUUUUGUCCUGGAUCACAAACUGAGGCCAACUUCCGAAUCCGUGGUUGUCACUGUGCAGGUAACUGAGAGCGUUGUUCCAAAAUGCAAAGGUGUGGGAGGUCGAAAUUAACACUCCCUAUCAAACAAUCCAUAGCCUGGCAUCCUGUUCUCACAACAGCAGACCAGAUACCUGCGGGGAACUUGCGGGAGGGACUUUAGUAUGACACAAGCAUUGUCCCCUCUUGUGGCUUCCAGCCCUUGUUAUUCAGAAGUAUCCUGCCUUUGACUGUGGAGGUGGAACAUCACCACCUUGAUUGGUAGCCAGGAUGAAUUUAUCUCAGUCCCUGCUACCAGGGAACUCUGGGAAUUGUAGCGCUGCGAGGGGAACAGACGGCCUCAGCACCCAUAACAUAUGUUAACGGAGAAAUCUGAGGGCUCCCUUGGACAAAAAGCAAGGACACCAGCCAGGAAUACCAGAGCAAAACAGCAGCCAGUAGGCUUGGUCUUUACUGAAGACUGUCGCGACAGGACUCCCACCUGCCACAAGGUGGAACAAGGUGGAAGCCCUGAACAAAAGAGAACCCAAACUUUUAUUAGCUGCCAAUCCCCAUGUUACACCCCCCCCCAACUACAUCACUCAUACAUCACGGUUACAUCAUGAAAGGGGAGGUCUGGUGGCAGUAAUCUGAGCAUCCUGGACCCUGCCCCAUGGUUCCCCUUCCCCUCCACCAAACACCCAUCAAGUGUAACAAAAAAGAUAUUUACAUUUCCCUAUUUCCCAGCCAAGUUAAUCACACCCUUUUGUCUUCCUCUGGGUUUGUUAUUUCUGGAAUGGCUACCUGUCUGGCACUCAGGUAUCAGGAUGCCAGGGAUUAUCACUCAGGCAGAUGGGCUGCUGAGUAGCUGAGCUCACAUGUCUAUAUGAAUUUCUGAAGUUUUCCCUGUGAGCCAGUACAUAGAUACAUCUAUCAGUGAAUUCUUACAUUUGGUAUCGUGCAGCAAAGGCCCUUUGAAUAGAUAGGAAGAAACUGUGAUGAAGUGUUUUCUGGGGACAAAUCACAAAAGUCACAAAAGUGAUUGUGCUGAUUUUGGUAGUGGGCUGCAUGUGCAUGAUAUCUGCUGGAGGGGCAACCACCCCUAACCUAUACAUAAAUCCCUGCAACACAUACUACCAGGGCUUUUUUUGCAGCCGGAAUUUGCUGGAACUCAGUUCCAGCCCCUCUCAGGUGGGAACCAUUGCCAUUCUAAGAGAUGAGGGAGGUAUCCUGGCACCACUUUUUCUAGAAAAGUAGCAACUCAUACUAUACUUCCCAGGAUUAUCUGGGGGAAGCCUAUACAGUUCAGCCCCUCCCAAUAAAAUAUUUGAGGGGCCUGCCAUCCCAAGUUAAUGGACAUUGCCAUUCAAAGGGUGGGUGCACACAGCAUCAUGUGAUUGAUUAUUUGGGGCGAGGCUCCCCCCAAUAUUUUACAGUCAUACCUUGGGUUGAAGUAGCUUCAGCUUAAGCAUUUUCGGGUUGCACUCCGCGGUGACCCGGAAGUAACGGAGAGAAUUACUUACGGGUUUCGCCACUUGCUCAUGUGCAGAUGCUCAAAAUGAUGUCACGCGCAUGCGCGGAAGUGGUGAAUCGCGACCCGUGCUUGCGCAGACGCGGGUUGCUUCGCUUCAGGAUGUGAACGGGGCUCUGGAACGGAUCCCAUUUGCAUCCAGAGGUACCACUGUAUUCAAGUUAGCACCCCUGAACUGCUUUAUGUGUACAUUGCAGAUGUAGCCAUGAUUACCUGUUGUCAAAACAUGGGUGUCUUCCUGUCUCUCUGUCUCCAUCAGAACCCACGAGGUAUACAGGUCCGGAAAGUCGAGCGUAUGCCGGUCCAGUUUGUGAUAAAUGAUCACCUGUCAAUCCCCGAUAUCUCUGAGUAAGUUUAACCAGUGGUGGUGAAUCUGAGAGGUGGCAGAAAUUCAAGGGUGGAGACCCUAAAAGUGCCCCUAUUUUCCAGGGAUGCCCCUGAUUUAGAGAAGCCGUCCAGGUUUCUAAUUUGAUCCCAGAAUGUCCCGCUUCCCUUAGGACGUCCCUAUUUUCACCAGAAAAAUGUUAGAAGGCAUGGUAGGAUGUCCCUGUUUUCACACUGGAGAAAUGUUGAGGGUAUGGAGUUCUUUGACUUCCGAGCUGUUUGAAGGCAAUCCUGUAUAGGGAAGUUAAAAGAAAAAAGUUUAAUGUUUUAUUGUGUUUUUAUAUAUGUUGGAAGCUGCCCAGAGUGGCUGGGGCAACCCAAUAAGGUGUGUGGGGAUAUAAGUAGUAAAAUUAAGGAAUGGGACGUCCCUAUUUUCAUCAAAGCAAUGUUGGAGGGUAUAUGAGCAGCGAAUGUGUUGACCUUGUCUCCUUAUGCUUGCCCUGUUGGGAUCCCAGGUGCCAAAUACUGCCCCAAAGCAACAGCAAUUCCUAAUGACCCAAGCACCUAUAAUAAUAUAUAAUAAUAAUUUAUUAUUUAUACCCCGCCCAUCUGGUUGGGCUUCCCCAGUCACUCUGGGUGGCUGCCAACAAAAUAUUAAAAUACAGUAAGGUAUCAAAUAUUAAAAGCUUCCCUAAAUAGGGCUGCCUUCAGGUGUCUUUUAAAAGUCUGGUAGUUGUUGUUCACUUUGACAUCUGGUGGGAGGGCGUUCCACAGCGCAGAAUACCUUGAAAUAAGGAAGUAACCUUUUUUAUUCUAGAAGGAAUAAAUAUUGUACUUUAACAGCGGUGUGCUGGGCAGGAUUUUAGCCCAGGCUUCAUGAGGAAACAAUGAUGACGAAAGCUUUACCUGUCGGAUUUCUGCAUGCAACCGUUUCAUGGCAGGCAAACGUUGCUUGCUGCCUCAAGCUGAAUCAAGCCACUGGGACACCUAGCCUUUAAAGGCACUGGAGUAUGGAGUGGCAGAGAAGUUGGCAACUUUUUUUUAGGCCAGGGUGCAAAGGUCUGGUUUAGGGCUUUUGCUCAUCUGGGAGGAUUUAAAACAAAAACAAAAAAACCUGCUUUUCUCAUUUGAGUGAUAGACCCCUAGGAAGCGUUACAAACUGCUUUUGCGAAUUUAUUGCUGUCUAGAUAUACAUUGCCACUCAGCUUUUUGUGAGGGGGGGGGGUGCAACUGCUGUUCAAUAUGCAAAACUAGUUCCCUGGUUCUUUGCAUUACUAUGACCUGGCUCGAGUUUUCUUCCUGUUCUUUCUGCCUUCCCCUCCUCCUAGGCCUGGCAUUUGGCGAAUCACGGCCCACUUCACCACCACUCCGGGUUACAACACGACCACUGAGUUCGAGGUGAAAAAAUACGGUAUGUUCUGCUAAGGCAGAGGGCUUUCUGAGAGCUGUGUGUGACAGGCAGCAGCUCAACAGGGGCGGUUGUUGAAGCAACCUGAUAAUAUGAUUCUCCCACCCUCCCUUUUUGUGAGGAAGCGGUACAUUCUUAAAAGGUAAAGGGACCCCAUUAAGUCCAGUCGUGGCCGACUCUGGGGUUGCUGUGCUCAUCUCGCUUUAUUGGCCGAGGGAGCCGGCGUACAGCUUCCGGGUCAUGUGGCCAGCAUGACUAAGCCACUUCUGGUGAACCAGAGCAGCGCAUGGAAACAGAGCGGUACCUAUUUAUCUACUUGCACUUUGAGGUGCUUUCGAACUGCUAGGUUGGCAGGAGCAGGGACCGAGCAACUGGAGCUCACCCCGUCGCGGGGAUUCGAACCGCCAACCUUCUGAUCGGCAAGCCCUAGGCUCUGUGGUUUAACCUACAGCGCCACCCAAUUAUUAGGCUGCCAGGUAUUUUGGUGCCAUAUCUCAAGUAACAGAAACCUGAGUGCUGCUGAUGGGCUGAGGGGAAUGGUCUGAGUUGGGAAAAUGCAGCUUUAUAAAGCUGGCAGCUGAGGGGGCUAAGAUUAGGCACUUACCAGGAUCUCAAAGACUAGCAAAGGCCUCACUCCAACACUGUGCACAGGGCAUCCAAACAUUGCAAAAUGCAAUAUUCUACCUGCCUGCACAAGAAGGGCAGGUGAGAGAAUACAGGAGCCUAGGGAGCUCCCAGAAUCAGUCCCAAGCAUCUCUGAGUAGAUACUUGGAGAGACCCGCAUGUGAAAUUCUGCCGCUCCCAUCAGCCACAGCCAGCACAUAUAGAAUCAUAGAGUUGUAAAGUUGGAAGGGACCCUGAGGGUCAUCUAGUCCAACCCUCUGCAGUGCAGGAAUCUUUCACCCACCGUGUGGCUCAAACCUGCAACCCUGAGAUGAAGAGCCUCAUACUCUACCAACUGAGCUAUGAAACCUCUCUGUGGAGCAGAAGUCAACCCAAAAACCCUCUUUCAAAAGGCUGCCUACCUCGGCAGCGAGUCCCAUUCCAUAAAGCCGGGGGGCCAACGCAGACAAGGCCCUGCUUCCAACUGCAUGGCCAGAGCUUUCCCAGAAGAUCUUACAUGGCACAGGCCAUUUGCACCAUAACGCCGAUUAGCACACCACCUACCGAAUUUCAGCCUGUCUUUCUCUCCUCAGUGCUGCCUCAUUUUGAGGUGACGAUCGUCCCGGAACGGAAAUAUAUCCUGACCUCACCCCAGCAGAACUCUGACUUGAGUAUUGACCUUCAGGCUAAGUAAGUUCCUCUUACGGGUUGGGACGUUUCUGAUAUACUGUAAUUAACUAAUUUGAAACAUUGUAUAAGCCACCCUUCACCAUUUAAACAUAAACUUUAAAGGUGCCUAGCACAAAAGCCCCUGGACCGAUUUGUCUGAUAUUUGGAAAGUUUAUUACUCAGGGACACCUUUCUCAAUGUUCCCCAAAUUGAGGUCCCAACCAAAUGUGGUUUGUUCACACCCCUACUAAGUGGGCCCUUGGUUUGGUUCAGCAGAGGUCACACUGGGAUAUAUUCUAUAUUAUAUUGCAAAAAAACAGCACCGUUUAUGAACGUGUAGUGUGGUUGUUGCUUUAGGCCUCAAACAAGACCCCUGUUUGACCAGAGGGCAGACAGUCCAUCUUUACACACACACACACACACACACACACACGUACGCACAAAGGAAUUUUGCAUUUCUGGUUUAAAGACCCAUUUACUAUUUUACAGUAAAAUAGUUUUCCAGUGUCACGCUAAACCACUGUUUAGCAUGAUGUGAAGAAAUGUAGCCACAUUAGUGUAGCGACUUGACUGGGUGGAGGGCAGGGUCUGGAAGUUUUUUGUUUUGCCUUUGGUUAACCAUAGUUUGUUGUGUCGUCAAGUACAACAAACUACGGUUAAAACUAACUGGUUAUUUCUAUAUUUGUCCCUGGCUUUUUUCUGGCCCACAUAGGACCAGUCUGGAUAGUUGGCCUUGGUGAAGAUUUGACGCUUUCAUCCCCAAAAAGUUUUUGAUUUGAGUUUCUACUGAAAUGAGGCUGCAUUUUAAUGUUGUAUUUUAAUCUUGUUUUUAAGUUGUAUUUUAAUCAAUUGUUUUCAUACUUGGAGGUGGCCGCCCAGAGCCUGGUCUUGGCUGGGGAGGGGGGGGUAUAAAUAAAAUUUAUUAUUGUUGUUGUGAUGUUGUUAAUUUAAUUUAUAUGCCACUCUAUACCCGCAGGUCUUGGGGACGGUUCACAGAAUAAAACCAAAAUAUAAAUCACAAAAUCACUAACUAUAGUUAAUUUCUACCAAGCCACCUUCAAACCAUGAUCUGAGACAUGUUGAAAUUCACUUUAGUUAGCCACAGUUUCUGGUUUGGACAACGCAGGAAGCUGCGAUUAGCCAAAAGUAGAAACCAGAAAAAAGGGGCUACUCGGCAAGAUGCCUACAUUCUGCCUCCACAGCUGGAGACAGGGAAGCUUUUGAGUCCUGGUUGCUGGCCGCUGUGAGAACAGGAGGCUGGACUAGAUGGGCCACUGGCCUGAUCCAGAAGAAUCUCCUUACGUUUGCAAUUCUGCCUCUUAGCCACACAGGAGAGGAAAGGAGAAGCUAGGUCCACCCUGGUUCAUUGUGACUAUUAAAUGCAGGCAGUGGCAAUGUACCCUGCUUGCUCACCCCAACUCCUCGCCUUUGAAUUAUCCCCGGUUUCUUCUCCCAACAGAUUUUUUUACGGGAAGGGAGUGACUGCCACGGCCUACGUGCGUUUCGGAGUGACAGAUGAAGAUGGGGGCAAAAUGUACAUCCCGGGACUGGAGCAACAAGUCACGGUAAGAAACGUCCCUGCCCUUCAUCAGCUCACAGGCCUUCCUGCUGGCUUUCCAGAGAUAAUAAUAAUAAUUUAUCUAUGGAGUUGAGCCCUCCUAGUUUCCCCUUGUAAUUAGAGAUCCACCUGACGCUUAGCUCCUAAAAUCAGGAGCGCUGGUGGGAUACCUGGAGACUUUUAACCCUGCUCCCAGAUGUCAGCGCAUUGUCAGCGUGUGUGGAAUGGAUUCUGUAGUGAGGCAAGGUUUUCUGCGGAUGCUUAAAUGCACUAUUUCCUUUAUUAGGGCCAGUUUUGGCAGAUGGGCAGGACCACCCAACCUGUCAUUCACCUGGCGUUAUUAUGAUGUCCGGUGAUUGAUAGGUAGGUGGUCUCUGUCAGGGAAAAAGGCAGGAUGUAAAUAAAUAGAUGAUGAUGAGCCAUGAGAUAACGAUCUGGCCCAGUGGGCCAAAAAACAAACUCCUCACCACUGCUGUAAUAUAGCAAAGCAGGCCUAAAAUAAAGUAAUAACCAGACAGAGGGCCUUCUUGGUGGUGGUGCCCGCCCUGUGGAACACCCUCCCAUCAGAUGUCAAGGAAAUAAACAACUAUCUGACUUUUAGAAGACAUCUGAAGGCAGCCCUGUUUAGGGAAGUUUUCAAUGUUUGAUGUUUUAUCGUGUUUUUAAUAUUCUGUUGGGAGCCACCCAGAGUGGCUGGGGAAACCCAGCUAGAUGGGUGGGGUAAUAAUAAUAAUAAUAAUAAUAAUAAUAAUAAUAAUAAUACUGUUUGCCUCUUCCAAUACCCUUAUGACUUAAGGCCCUCCAUCUGACCCACAAAAUUAGGGUCUCUUCUACCCUCCUCAGUCCAAACUCAGCUAUGAAAUUCUAGUCUCUCGUUAUGUUAAUUAUUAUAUAUAAAUAUAUAAUAAUUUAUAUUUGUGGCACGCAUGGUUCUUUCCUCCCAUCCUUUAUCCUCACAAUGACCGUCUGAGGUACGUGAGGCUGGGCGAUGGUGACUGACCCAAAGACUGACCCCUGAACUUUAUGGCUGAGCAGGGAUUUGAACCCAGGUCUCUCAAGUCCUGAGCCAGCACCCUAACCACUACACCACACAGGUCUCUGAAUGUGUCCUGCUUGAAUAUCAGCACGGUACAACUAAUUUUAUAUCCCACUCUGCUACCAUCUCCUCUGACCUAAUUCCCUCCGUAUUCAGGUAACGGAUGGUCACGGCUCACUCAUCCUAAAACCCAGCCUCGUCUCUGAGAAACUGGGACGUCCGCUGAGGAGUCUAGCCGGGACGACGCUCUACAUCACAGCCACUGUGAUAGAGAAAGCAAGUAAGUUUGCAAAUGGGACAUGUCUGAACCACUUUAGACAUGGCUUUCCCUCACCAAAUAAUUCUGGGAGAUGUAGUUUCAUAUCACCUCAUACAAGGUGACCCGGGUUUUGAGAUCUUUGGGGGAGGCCCUUCUCUUGGUUCCACCAUCCUCAGAGGCCUGCUUGGUGGGGAUGCAUGACAUGGCCUUCUCAGUGGUGGCUGCUCACAUGCUUUGGAACUCCUUACCUGAAGAAGCAGACUGGCUCCUUCCUUGCUGUCUUCGGCCAGCAGAUGAAAACCUUCUUAUCCCAACAGGCCUUUGGGAACUGUCUGGUUUUUUUCAAGGGAAGGUCUUUUAAUAGUGUUGUGCUGUUUUUGUUAUCUAUUUUUUAAUAGAUUUUUAUUUUAAAAAUUGUUUUAAUUUUAUUAGAUUUUAUUUACUUUUUAGCAAUUAUCUUUUAUAUGUUCUUAGCAUUUUGUAUUUUAGCUGUGUUGUUUCAAUUAGCGUGAGUUGUCUGGAGUCCUGGUCUGGGGAAAAGGCAGGAUAAUAAUAAUACAGUCGUACCUUGGUUUUCAAGGGCAGGUGGCGCUGUGGGUUAAACCACAGAGCCUAGGACUUGCCGAUCAGAAGGUUGGUGGUUUGAAUCCCCGCAACGGGGUGACCUCCCGUUGCUCGGUCCCUGCUUCUGCCAACCUAGCAGUUCAAAAGCACGCCAGUGCAAGUAGAUAAAUAGGUACAGCUCCGGCGGGAAGGUAAACGGUGUUUCCGUGUGCUGCUCUGGUUCGCCAGAAGUGGCUUAGUCAUGCUGGCCACAUGACCCGGAAGCUGUACGCCGGCUCCCUCGGCCAAUAAAGCGAGAUGAGUGCCGCAACCCCAGAGUCAGCCAUGACUGGACCUAAUGGUCAGGGGUCCUUUUACCUUUACCUUGGUUUUCGAACAGCUUAGUUCUCAAAUGUUUUGGCUUCCAAAUGCCGCAAACCUGGAAGUGACUGUUCCAGUUUGUGAACUAUUUUUGGAAACCAAACAUCUGACAGGGCUUUCGCGGCUUCCGGUUGGCUGCAGCAGCUUCCUGCAGCCAAUCAGAAGCCACGCUUUGGUUUCUGAAUGUUUUGGAAGUUGAACGGACUUCCGGAACGGAUUCCAUUCGACUUUCAAGGUACAACUGUAAUAAUAAUAAUAAGGAGCAUUGCAGAACAACUAAUAAAGUAGGAUCAGUCCACCAUUAUUGCACCAUCACUGUGCCAAAAACACAUUGUAGAAUAUAAACCCAUAAUAAAACACUGAUCUGGAAGGGCCUUCAGAGAGCGAAGGCCACAAUGGUUUCCGUUUCUUCACUGUCUUUUCCCUUCAUUCUCAUAGGUGGUGAGCUGGAGGAGCAGGAGCUGGCCUCGGUGAAAUUUGUGGAAUCUCCAUAUUCGGUCGACCUAUCCAAAACCAAGCACCAUUUUGUGCCCGGGGCACCCUUUGAAGUGCUGGUGUGUAUAUUGCGCCUCCUGCUGCUCACGUAUUUCCCGUUUUGUUGGUUUGUUCCAAGAUUUUAUCCAUUUUAGGGCUCCCAAAGUGGCUGAUAAAAGUUAGUACAGUGGUACCUCGGGUUACGCACUUAAUUCAUUCCGGAAGUCCGUUCUUAACCUGAAACUGUUCUUAACCUGAAGCACCACUUUAGCUAAUGGGGCCUCCUGCUGCUGCCGCACCGCCGGAGCACGAUUUCUGUUCCCAUCCUGAAGCAAAGUUCUUAACCCGAGGUACUAUUUCUGGGUUAGCAGAGUCUGGGUUAGGAGAGCCAGUGUGGUGUAGUGGUUAAUAGUGGUAGUCUCGUAAUCUGGUGAACUGGGUUCGCUUCCCCGCUCCUCCACAUGCAGCUGCUGGGUGAUCUUGGGCUAGUCACACUUCUCUGAAGUCUCUCAGCCCCACUCACCUCACAGAGUGUUUGUUGUGGGGGAGGAAGGGAAAGGAGAAUGUGAGCCGCUUUGAGACUCCUUCGGGUAGUGAUAAAGCAGGAUAUCAAAUCCAGACUCCUCCUGUAACCUGAAGCGUAUGUAACCCGAGGUACCACUGUAAUAGGACGGUCCUUUGCCCCUCAGGCUUGCAAUCCAAAAGACACAGCACACACACAAAAAGCGAUUGGGGAGGGAAGAGGAAAACAAAGAAGCUCAUGUCGCACUCCUGGGUUUGCGUGUUGUUGGGGCAGUGAGGGGAGCAAAGGAGAAGGCAGGUUUUAAAAUGGUGGUUUUAAACAACAGCAGAGAUCUGAAAAAAGCAGGGCCACAGAGGAGCUGUGUGGGGCUGAAAGGAGCCGCUAAAGGUUGCGUGGGCUGGUAUGAGCUUUGAGGAUAUGGAAGCGCCGGGUAGGCAGGAUUUGCAAGCAAUGCAAGCAAAGGUGGCACCCGGUGUGGAUGUCGUCAUAAACUUUUUAUGUUGCUGUUUCAUUCCAGGCUACUAUUUCACUCCCAGAUGGCGCACCUGCCCCCCGCCUCCCAGUCCACAUCUCAACCCAGAUAGCGGGAGGCUCGUCGCCAGCUGAUGCCCAAAUAGAAAGCAACGAUCGUGGAAUUGUGACACACAGAUUCAACGUUCCCGCUGGUGCCACCUCAAUCACUAUCCUGGUAUGUUGUUGUUGUUGUUUUGAUUAAUAUCCGCCCUUCACGCGCAGGGCAAGUCGCAACAAUUAAAAAUGCGACAUUAAAAACAGUCCAAAACAAAUGACCGUUGCGUGAAUAGGGCGUGUAUACCUCAGGCAUCAAAUGCUGAGACACACAGAGAGGCUCGUCUUCCGCAUGCAACGAAAAUUUGGCAGCGAAGUUGCCACAUGCUCUGUGGAAAGAGAGUUCCACAACUUAGGGGGCCGUCUGAAUUUCUGAGGGCAGUGGAACUACAAACUGGACCUGCCCUAAACAAUAGGAAGUUAAUUUCAACCUUCAGUUUCCUCUGAGGAGGAGGAGUAGACAAACCACCAAAGGUGGGAUCAAAUGAAAUUCUUGGGGCAAGGUGUUCCAAAUGUUAAGUUGUGGGCGAACAUAUAAGACAACACAGCAAUUCUUCCAAAGCAGCUCUUUAUUUGUAAGCUGGAACAGAACUGAACUGAGGAGCUCAGUCAGCCUGCUUAUAUAGAGCUCCACUAGAAUGCAAUAGUAACCAUUUUCUGUAACUAGCCAAUCACUGAACGUCACUUUUGAUCCUUCAUUUGCAUACAAACUAUCCAAUCACUGAACGUUACUUUCGAUCCUUCAUUUGCAUAACUAUCUAUAGUAUCCCCCUGCUGGCCCAGGGUGAGAACUUCAGUACAUAACACCAAAGAUGCUGGGGUCACCACCGAAAAGACUCUGUCCCUGUUGCUGGCUAUAUAUAUAUAUAUAUAUAUAUAUAUAUAUAUAUAUAUAUUUCUCAGUGGGGCAAGUCAUACAGCAGAGUCUCCAAGGCCAGUCUUAGCUUCUAGCAGUUCUGGGUGAAUGUGGGCCUUCUAAUAACCAGGUACCACACCACUAAGGCAGAGGCAGUAUACCCUUUUUCAGUACUCAAGGGCUACCUUCUUUCUUGGCAAACCUUCUGGAUUUGUGUGUGUAUCACAUGACAGUGUUGGGUGGGGCCAGAGGCAAGCAAGUUUAUUUUAUUUAUUUUACUUAUUAAAUUUGUAUACCACCCUUCACCCGAAGAUCUCAGAGUGGUUCACAAUUCAAGGAUGCAUUUGAGCUAGCCAAAAGCACUCAUUUAUUUCAUUUGUUUAUUUCAUCGAAUUCAUACAUUAUUUUAUUUUAUUUUUUUGUUUAAACAGCGCAAAGCGAUUUACAAAAGACAAAACAGCAAAAUCAGGAAAAUUCCGUACAUACUAAAGUUAAAAUACUAAAACAGAUUAAAAUCACCUCAGCUUUCUAAGAAUCUGGGUAGACUUGUCUAAACAAGAAUAGGUAGUCAAUGCAACUGUUGCAAAUCGGAUAUGCACAAACCAUAUAGCCAAAGGGUUCUGUCAAAGAGUAAAUCAUACUGUUCAAAGCUGGAAUUAACUCUUUAUUAGCACAAAGGUGAUCUUCGCAGACUUGUAGUGGAGCAUCAGGCCUAAUGAACACAGCAGCUCAUCCCCAGUAGGUCUGGCCCCAUGAGUCAGUUGCUGAAAGUUCCCACCUCCCCAUAGCUGCCUAAGUCCCCUCCUCUGCCGGGCUUUCCCCAAGCAAUCUGAGACUGUGCCUGCACAAAGCUAACUUCUCCUCUGCCCCUUUCAGCCCUUUCCUAGUCCUGGGAAACCAGGGAGGAGAGAGCUUGUCACAGCAGGAGGGGGAGACACCUAUGACUCUUCACCGGCCAGACCCAUCUCUACCUCUGGGUCUCCCUCCUCUUUAUCACCUGCUUCAGCUUUUGCCUCUUGUUCUGGACUUCUCUCUGCCACAAACUCUCUCAGCUCACUAAGCCCUGUUACCUCUUCCCAGUCUUCUCUCUCUGAGCACUCCUCAUUGUCCUGCCACCUCUGCACAGGCUCUGAGCCUUCUUCCCCUGGUGGUUCCCCAGCUGGUUCCUCCCAUUGUUCCUCUGCAUCCAACCAUGAUAGGUACUCAACAUGGUGCAUUUUAGAUGUUGUGGGACUCCAACUCCCAUCAGUCCCAGCUCACAUAGCCCAAUGGUCAAGGGUGAUGGGAGUUGUAGUCCAACAACCCCUACAUUGGCUGUCCAGCGAUCUAGCUUCUGUUGGCCUUCUAAAAGAUGCCUUCUAUUGAAGUUUCCAAACUGUGUUUAAAUGUAGGGCCAUGUAGAGAGCACUCCAGUGGUCUAUUCUGGGUCCGAGAAGCAAAUACAGUGGUGCCCCGCAAGACGAAUGCCUCGCAAGACGGAAAACCCGCUAGACGAAAGGGUUUUCCGUUUUGGAGGUGCUUCGCAAAACGAAUUUCCUAUGUGCUUGCUUUGCAAGACGAAAAUGUCUUGCGAGUUCCUGCGGGGUUUUUUUCCUUUCCCCCCCUUUUUCCCAAGCCGCUAAACCGCUUAUCAGCUGAUGGCUAAGCCGCUUAUCAGCUGAUCUUUAAGCCGCUUAACAGCUGAUGCUAAGCCGCUUAUCAGCUGAUCUUUAAGCCGCUUAACAGCUGAUGGCUAAGCCGCUUAUCAGCUGAUCUUUAAGCCGCUUAACAGCUGAUGCUAAGCCGCUUAUCAGCUGAUCUUUAAGCCGCUUAACAGCUGAUGGCUAAGCCGCUUAUCAGCUGAUCUUUAAGCCGCUUAACAGCUGAUGCUAAGCCGCUUAUCAGCUGAUCUUUAAGCCGCUUAACAGCUGAUCUUUAAGCCGCUUAUCAGCUGAUCGUUAAGCCGCUUAACAGCUGAUCUUUAAGCCGGCUAAGCCGCUAAUACUGUAGCGCUAAGCCGCUAAACCUCUAAUGGGCUUGCUUCGCAAGACGAAAAAACCCGCAAGACGAAGAGACUCGCGGAACGGAUUCUUUUCGUCUUGCGAGGCACCACUGUAUGUCACUUUGUGUUCCUUUGUCACCCACACAGCUAAGAGCCGGAACAGAGUCUCCAGCAGAGGUCACCUUGACUGCCAAACGCAUGGACUCCCCGAGAGGAAACUACUUGAUCAUCGAAAGCCCCAAAUAUCAAGGCUUGAACCCUGGAGAGACCCUUGCAUUAGGGUUGAAAAGCGUUGGAUCGACUGCCUUCUCCCGAUUCUAUUACAUGGUGAAUCCUUCCCGGGGUGUUAUAAGGGGCCCUAACCUUCCUAGGAUGAAGGAAAGAUGGGUUAAGGACAGAGAUGGGUGAAUCAAUUUUUGGUUUCUCGUUUUUCCAGAUUUAAGUUCAUUUCUCUGCAUUCCCAUGUCGGUUUGCAUUGGUUCUAUUUAAAACCGUCUCGAAAAUUCAUCAAGCAUUUGGGUGUGGAUUUAUCCUAAGAAACACACUUUUGUAGGCAACGUGGCCUAAAAUUAGGGCAGUGCCCUCCUGAGGGAAGCAGACUAGACUGUGGGGCACGGGGGAAACUGUGUAGCCGUCACAGCUCUGUCCUCAAACACCUCACCAGCGCUAAGGCGGCUGCCUCACUCAUGUUAUAGGCCACCUCAGUGCUAUUUCAGUGCUAAGACAACAUAUAUGAAACGUGAACAUUCAAAAUCACUGCAUAUUCCCGUGCUUAAGCACUAUCCUUUGAACUGGUCCUUUCCUUCCAGGUGUUGAACAAGGGGGACAUUGUCUCUGUCAACAGCGUGGCCCAAGGCUCCUACACUGUUGUUUCCGUUCCCAUCACCCCCAGCCUGAUGCCCACGUUUCGAUUUGUGGCCUUUUACCGCCUCGGGGACGAAGUCGUGGCCAACUCCAUCUGGGUGGAUGUCGUUGACAGCUGUGAGGGGAAGGUGAGGCCUUCUCAAAAAAAAAUUGUGAAAAUUCUCCUUCUCGGAACUUUCCCUGAACGGAGCGAAUGUUCACAAGGGCACUGGGGGUGUUAAAAUGCAGGACGUUAAAAUGGCUGCCCCUAAUGUCUAUGCCCCUCCAAUCUCCAGCUGGUACUCCGGACGUCAAGUACUGAUCUGCAGCCUCAGGACUUCCUGAGCCUCACUAUAGACACCGAUGCGAGAGCCUACGUAUCCCUGGCUGCCACCGAUUCGGCUGUUUACGCCCUCAACCGGAAGAAUCGCCUCACACAAGACAAGGUACAGCGACACACAUUUCUCCUCAGUCUCUCUCUUGUAAUUUUUAAUUUUUUUUAAGUUGUAAUCAGCAUUAGUCAUCCUCGGAUGAGGUCCACUGAAAUUCACGGAUGUGAGGAACCCAUCUCCAUUAAUUUUGAGGGUCUACUCUUGAGUAGAACUUAGUUGGAGACAGCCCUUUGUUUCUUGGCUCCUUGGCUACCCCAGGAAUAACUUCCCACAGGUUGUUGUCAUUGGGGUUGCCUUUUCAAAGCCAUAUCUUUUUGCCUAGGCUCUCCCUGGCCCCUGCUUUUGGUCACUUUCAUUGUUUUAAAAACUUCCUCUAUUGCUAAUAUUUCUAACAACCCAAAAGUGCAGCAGCAGAGUAUGGCAUCGUUCCAUAUGCUAAAGCCAACAAGCAAUAAACAAAGAAAGAAAAGAAAGUAUUUAUACACAAGUAUAAAUCACAACGUCCGCAUUUCCUGAGCUGGCGUGGAUGGUGAAUAUUUAGCAUCUAAGUCCAAAGAAUAGGAAAUAAAACCUCAGCAGAUCAUGUUCUGGGUUCCCCACCCUGGAAACAAGCAGUUUGUGUGUAACUUCUUCUGCAACAGCCAAAGUCCACAAGUCCUUAUUCCACAAAGACAAAUGUGGAUUUUCCAAGGUUUUCCACUGCUGAGCUAUUUCAAUCCUAGCUACAGCUAACAUCCAUGUCAAAAUUGAUUUAGACAGACAAGCUUCCACGUUGUCAGUCCACCUACCCAGUAAUGACAGCCGUGCGGGAGCCCAAACAGGUGAUUUAAUUAACAGGUGAUUUAAUUAGCUGUUUGGUCCUUUUUAUGACCAAAUUCCUGUUUGCAAGCUCUUUUUAUUACACUGUUUUACAGGUUUUUUGUUGUUUUUUUAAGUAGCACCUCAGUUUUUACAAUGCUGCUUUAUUGGGGUAUUUUUAUUAAUGCCACUUAGAAAUAUGAUCUGUAAACUGCUUUGAGGAUGGUUGCAUGUGUGGGGUUGUUGUUUUUUUUAAAUAAUAUUUAUUAUUUUUCCAGAAACUUAAACACAAAAAAGACAAUACAAUACAACACAUCAAAUUAAUAAAACAAAACAAAAACAAUAAAAUAAAUCAAACAAUUUCAUUAUCCCAUCUUUCAUUCACUUAUUUCCACGGCCUCCUCACACCUCCCUCUUUGUAUUACACUUCUAUUAAUUAUUUCAGCAAUUCCUUUCCAUCUUCCUCUGUUUUCUAUCCUAUAUUUAUCUUAACUCAUUCUAACCUUAUUUUUCCUUUAAUGCUCUGUUAACCUAUCUGUACUUAAUUCCUUAUAACAUUUCUACUAAAGCCAUUUAACUUCAUUGCAACAUUUUUCUAACAUUCAUUAAUUUUACAAUAUGUGUGGGGGUUUUAGUUAGUUAGUUUGUUUUACAAUCAAGCCGUUAUAUCAGUUUUGAUAAAUAAAUAAACAAGCCUUUUAGGAACCCUUUUGAGUAAAUACGUACAGGCAGCGACCAGUUUAGGUGCGUCCAAAUGAUACACAAUCACACAUGUUCGCAUAGCUCCGAAUCCGGAUGUGGGUCCAAAACAUAACCCCGGUGCAAAAUGAGGAUUGCCUGUGCAUAGAUAAAUUCUGCUACCACCCUCAUGUCAUGGCAGGGAAGAGCCAUAGCUCAGUCGAUAGAGCCUCUGCAUUGCAUGCAGAAGGUUCCAGGUUCGAUUCCUGCCACCUCUGGGUACAGGUAGGAGAGGCACCUGUUUGAAGCUCCUGAAAGAUGCUGCCACUCUGUGUAGAGACAGUCCUGAGAGAGAUGGGCCCAGUGGUCUGACAUGAUAUAAGGUAGCUCUCUGUGUUCCUUCUUUGCUCCUUUUGGCUUGCUUUUGGGCUUGCCUAACCAGAGGCACCUGAUUAGACACUGUUGAAAAUAGAUUACAGUAUUGGAUCCCGAACACCUUGCGAGUUGACCGUUUUGGCUCCCAAACAACGCAAACCCAGAAGCCGGCGCAGCUUCCGCGGCUUCUGAUUUGCUGCAGGAGCUUCCUGCAGCCAAUAUACUACUACUACUACUACUACUACUACUACUAAUAAUAAUAAUAAUAAUAAUUUAUUUAUACCCUGCCCAUCUGGAUGGGCUUCCCCAGCCACUCUGGGCGGCUUCCAACACAAUAUUAAAAUACAGUAAUGUCUCAAACAUUAAAAGCUUCCCUAAACAGGGCUGCCUUCAGAUGUCAUGUAAAAGUCUGGUAGUUGUUGUUCUCUUUGAUAUCUGGUGGGAGGGUGUUCCACAGGGCGGGCGCCACUACCGAGAAGGUCCUCUGCCUGGUUCCCUGUAACUUGGCUUCUCUCAGCGAGGGAACCGCCAGAAGGCCCUCGGCGCUGGACCUCAGUGUCCAGGUAAAAUGAUAGGGGUGGAGAUGCUCCUUCAGGUAUAUAGGACCGAGGCCGUUUAGGGCUUUAAAGGUCAGCACCAACACUUUGAAUUGUGCUUGGAAAUGUACUGGGAGCCAAUGUAGGUCUUUCAAGACCGGUGUUAUGUGGUCUUGGCGGCCACUCCCCGUCACCAGUUUGGCUGCCGAAAUUCUGGAUUAGUUGUAGUUUCCGGGUCACCUUCAAAGGUAGCCCCACAUAAAGCUCAUUGCAGUAGUCCAAGCGGGAGCCAAUCGGAAGCCGCGCCUUGAUUUCUGAAUGUUUUGGAAGUAGACCCGACUUCCGGAACGGAUUCCAUUUGACUUCCGAGGUACGACUGUAAUCCAAGCAGGGUCAUCUUAUCUAUUUAUCAAGAUUUACAUACUGCUUAGGGACAUGGGUGGUGCUGUGGGUUAAACCACAGAGACUAGGACUUGCCAGUCAGAAGGUCGGCAGUUUGAAUCCCUGUGACGGGGUGAGCUCCCGUUGCUCGGUCCCUGCUCCUGCCAACCUAGCAGUUUGAAAGCACAUCAAAGUGCAAGCAGAUAAAUAGGUACUGCUCUGGCGGGAAGGUAAACGGUGUUUCCGUGCGCUGCUCUGGUUCGCAAGAAGCAGCUUAGUCAUGCUGGCCACAUGACCCAGAAGCUGUACACCGGCUCCCUCGGCCAGUAAAGCGAGAUGAGCGCCGCAACCUCAGAGUCGGCCAAGACUGGACCUAAUGGUCAGGGGUCCCUUUACCUUUACCUUUACCUUUACCUUUACAUACUGCUUAGUCAUCAAAGCCUGUGAAAUGAAAAAUGUACAUUAAAGGAUAUUAACGGAUGUUACGUUAAAGGAUGUCAGAGACAAGUUUUCAAAAUAAAAUUAGGCACACUAUAAAAUACAAUCACACAUUAAAAUACACACCAAAUGUACAGUGUCAGGUUAGGCUUGCUUAGACAAAAAAAGUUUUGAGGAGGCCGGGGCAGCAAACGCACCUGCCCAGUAUCAGUGCUGCUGCCGCACUGAAGGACUGAUUCCUUGCACGUUUGGAUCAUGUGCACUGUUGCACUGACCCAUCUCUGUAAUCCUUUCUUUCUGGAAAACAGGUCUUCCAGGCCAUGGGAAGCUACGACCUGGGCUGCACGGCCGGCAGUGGGGAAAACACCCUCAGCGUUUUUGGGGAUGCCGGACUCUCCAUUCGGGCUGGUGAGCUGAUGAGCCCCCUCCGGAAAGGUGAGUUUGUUAGGAGGAGCACAAAACAAGGAUGUAGUCAGAGAGGGAGUUUGGGGGAGCGGGGAGCAUUGUUGACUGACGCACUAACAUCUCAUUUCUACCAUUGCAACUUGUUCUUUCUUUUUUAGAUAAUGUUUAUUUGGUUUUCAUAGAAUCAUAGAGUUGGAAGAGACCACAAGGGCCAUCGAGUCCAACUCCCUGCCAAAUAUGGUUUUACAUAUUUAAGUUUAUAUUCAUACCACAACACAUCCGAAAUGACAAGAUUCCCUCCAAUCUCUGGACUUCCCACCUCCAUGGGUUUUUUUAUUAAACCUUUUCUACUGCAUCUUUUUUUAGUUAAGCCAAGUUUUCUAUAACUCCAUUGUAUCCAUAGUUCUCGUUACAUUACAAGUGUUUUUGCAGUCCUGCUAAUGUUUUCAGCUGCUUACAGGGGUCCUUAAGGAAAAUUGUAAAUUUCCCCCAUUCCAUAUGAAAGUUUUGCUCUUCCUGGUUGCGUGGCGAGUUCCCAACCCCCCCAAGUGGAAAUAAUGACACAUGACACAAUUAUUAAGGUAAAUGGGCUAAAAAAAGGCCACAGCUUUAUUGGUUACAGGUGAAGAGCAGUAUUGGCUUAGGCAUUGGUCCUAACUGACUAUAUCCAACUCCAGCCUGUCUGCUCGAAGUCCGGGAAGGGUUAACCACCAGUAGGCGGAGUCCUGCUGAUGCACAUCAACGAGGAACUCCCCCGGGGUCACAGAUAGGGGGCGUCCCUUAGGCCCUAACCUCCUUAGGCUUCGGAAAGGGCCACACCCCCUGGAAUCCUUUAACGGACUACCCUUCAAUAUGUGGGGCAGGUGAUGGCGCUACCUCCCCUCUUCCAUCUUCAGAACAAUACCAAGCCCUAACCGCCAAUACCCAGAAAGUUGUGACGAUUUGCUAUGAGGUAGGCGAAAACCAAGUGGCUGGUGCCAAUUUGCCUUAAAUAGGGCAGGCCACGCCCCCGAGCCAGCUGAUUGGCUGGCCAGGGGAUGAUGCAGCCGGGAAUCGCGCGGGGCUGGCUUCCGCCUGCUGCGCACGUGGGAGCCCGUGAAGCCCGCAACCCCACCUCCUCCUUAGGCAGAAGUGGCUUUCCUGAGCUUUCUGGUCAGUUUUGCCAUUUGGGUAUACAGUGGUACCUCGGGUUACAUACGCUUCAGGUUACACACUCCGCUAACCGAGAAAUACUGCUUCAGGUUAAGAACUUUGCUUCAGGAUGAGAACAGAAAUUGUGCACCAGUGGCGCAGCGGCAGCAGGAGGCCCCAUUAGCUAUAGUGGUGCUUCAGGUUAAGAACAGUUUCAGGUUAAGAACGGACCUCCAGAACGAAUUAAGUACUUAACCCGAGGUACCACUGUAAUCCAAUAGCUUCAUUUGCCAUUCUUUUCUGGUAGGGACCUUAUCUUCUUGCCAUCUCUGAGCUAACAGCAUCCGCGCAGCUGUCGUCGCAUACAUAAAAAGUCUUUUCUGCUCCCUUGGGAUUUCGGCACCUACAAUUCCGAUUAGCAUCCUAUUCUUUCUGUUCUUCUAGCACAUGGAUGCGGCAGCAAUGCUUCCCGGAAGAAGCGUUCACUGGAGUUCCACAAAGAGCUCCAGAAGAAGCGUAAGUGACGCGAGGGAAGAGGGGCGAUAACCCUGAGGGGGUGGGAAAUGGAGGACGCCUCCAGGGCUGGCUCUACUUUGAGGCAUAAUGAAGCGGCUGCCUCAGGUGGCAGAUGCAGGAGGGCAGAGAAUGGUGGCAAGGUGUUGGAGACAGAGCUGUGUGUCCCCUAUGUGGCCAGUCCUGUGCCCCAAUGCCAGUCUACUCCCCUCAGGUGUGGCGGAGGAUGCUGCCCCAUUGCCAGCGCUGAAGUCAGAUUCAACUGAGGCACACACUCUGACACCUUUGAAACACUCUACCUGGUUUUUUUUAAUCACGUGUUUGCUAUUGUAUAUUCAUUGUCCAUUUAUUUAGCCAAAGGGGCACUCGGACUGAAGAUCGAAAAAGCUUACAGUCGAAAAAGACCCGACACAAGAGGAAAAAGAAAGGGGAGGGAGGAGGGAAAAGAAAGCACAAGUUUCUUAAAGUGACAAUUGUUAUAACAACCCAGUUAAGACCAGCAACUCCCUAAUGUCGUUGGUGGAUCUGACACCCAUCAGUCAGUCUGACAUCCGUCCGUCACAGCCACUCACCCUUCCAAGUUGAUGCAACCUUCUAAGAUUGUACAAUAAUAUCAUAAUUAUGCAAGAAUUAUAAUUAGGGAUGCGCUGCAACCAUUGAUGUAGAUCUCCAUGUGUUGCCUUUCAGCUAAGUUCUACUGUUUUCUGUGCUUGUAAUCUGGGCAAAUGGUUUGGAGGGCUUGUGCUUCCUGUCAAGUUCUGCUGUACGUAACAGAACUUGCAUGCCAUUCUCUUGAAAAUGAAGCACCAUGUGUCUUUUCAGCACGGUGGCGCUGUGGGUUAAACCACAGAGCCUAGGACUUGCCAAUCAGAAGGUUGGCGGUUUGAAUCCCUGUGGCGGGAUGAGCUCCCAUUGCUCGGUCCCAGCUCCUGCCAACCUAGCAGUUCAAAAGCACGUCAAAGUGCAAGUAGAUAAAUAGGUACCGCUCCAGCGGGAAGGUAAAUGGCGUUUCCAUGCACUGCUCUGGUUCGCCAGAAGCGGCUUAGUCAUGCUGGCCCCAUGACCCGGAAGCUGUACGCCGGCUCCCUUGGUCAAUAAAGUGAGAUGAGUGCUGCAACCCCAGAGUUGUCCAUGACUGGACCUAAUGGUCAGGGGUCCCUUUACCUUUAAAUGCUUAGCUUUGGAGCGCACAGAUCAGUUCCUCCUCGGUUUCCUUCCCACGUACAACCCCUCUGUCCUUGCAAUAAUGUGAAAGAGGCCUGAACAAGUAGCUGCGUUUAUUUUGGUUUCUCUCUCUCCCGGCCCCCCAACCUCCAGGCUUUCCUUUCCCAUCCACUCAUUCAGCUGCUUUUUGGUCCUUCUUUCCUCUCUGCAGUUUCCAAGUACCAAACCCCAGAGCUUCGGCGGUGUUGCCAGGGGGGCAUGGUGUUGCUGCGCCAAAAGCUGACGUGCGAGGACCGUGCCAAGCGGAUCCAGGGCCCAGACUCCCAGCAGUGUCGCCAAGCCUUCCUGGAUUGCUGCAAAGUUGCUGCAGGCCUACGGCGAAAAUCCUGGGGAUCCCACAGCCUUGGGCGGAGUGAGUCAAGAGAUUGGGAGCCUAGCCAGAUUUAGGGUGGCACGGGCAGUUCCCCCACACAAGGCACUGAACCAGGGGGCGUGCGCAAAAUUGAGAAGAUUGAUAACUGAGAAGACCUACUUGGGGGUUGCAAAAUUGUGGCCUCGCUCAGGGUGCCAUAUUACAGUGGUACUUCAGGUUACAGACUCUGCUAACCCAGAAAUAGUACCUCGGGUUAAGAACUUUGCUUCAGGACGAGAACAGAAAUUGUGCUCUGGCGGCACAGCAGCAGCGGGAGGCCCCAUUAGCUAAAUUGGUGCUUCAGGUUAAGUACAGUUUCAGGUUAAGAACAGACCUCCAGAACGAAUUAAGUUCUUAACCUGAGGUACCACUGUAUCAAAGUUUCUCGUAGGGGCAGACGGGGCUCAUCCACCUGAGAAAGUAGCCCAUCUAGGAGAAGGAAGUCUCUGAUCCAAAACCUCUGCUGCCUUGUGAGAUUUCUUCAGGAGAAGGGAAGGCAGAGAAGGGGUGCAAACUCUAUCCCUCAGCCCAGCUCUCAACAUGGAACCUCCGCUUUCUGUGCAGCACAAACCCAGGAGCUGGAAGAGGACUUAUUCGAUGAGGAGUUCAUUCAAUUGCGGAGCGUCUUCCCCGAGAGCUGGCUCUGGAAAUCGUACGAUGUGGAGCGGACCUUCACGUAAGUAGGUCAGAGAGCUGGGCCUCAAGGCAUCCUGGGAACAGGAGGUAGGUAGACAGAAGACCAGGAUCUGCUGAUAGAUCUCUGGGUGAUUUGCAGUAGAUUAGCAAUGAAAUCUGACUCCCACGGUAGCUGUUGUGGCGUAUAGUUUGUAUGCGGUAGCAUCAUCUCCCGUGAUGCCCUGCCCCCCAAAACUACUGGCUUGCUGAUCUUGCAAAACUACAGUUCCUUUUUUAAUUAUUUUAUUUAUGCUUUUCAGGUUUAUACAUUUCACUAAUUUUACAAUCAUUUUAUCAUUUCAAAACUUGACUUCCUCCUCUUUCUGCAGUUCCUUACAUUUAUUUUUAAUAUCUUCUGCCUAUCCAAAUUAACUUAAUUUGUUCAUUUAUUCAUCUUCUUUAAAUAUAUACUUAUGAAACUGCAGGUUAUUACAAUAAUCCUGCCAAUGUUCUUAUCUGUUUACAAUUUAUCUGUAAAUACUCAAUGAACCAUUUCCAUUCUUUGAUAAAGUUUGUUGUGUUGAUUUCUUAUUCUUCUGGUAAGUUUUGCCAUUUCCACAUACUCCAUUGGUUUAUCUAUCUGUUCUUCUUUUGCUGGGACUUCUGCUUCUUUCCAUUUUUGGGCGAGCAACCUUCUUGCCGCUGUAGUUGCACACAUGAAUAAGUUACUAUUCAGUUUAGGUAGCUCUCUCCCUAUAAUUCCCAAAAGAAUUUGGGGAAAUUAUAGCUCUUUUGCAGAGCUACAGUUCCUGACAUCCUUUUACAUGCUGUAGUUCCCAGCAAUCUCCACGAGUAGAAUAAGGGUGCUUUCAAUACAUUGUGUGGAUGUGGCAGGUCUAAGAUGACUGGGCUUGGUCAUCUGAGGCUUGGUUCUUGAAAUAUACUCGGAGUCGAGAGUGGAUUUCAUGCUUUUUAUUCAGCUCAUAGUGGUGAGGAGGAAUGGAAGUUCCCCCAGAAUGUCUGCUUUAAAUACAAUAUUUACACAAUGGGCCCCACAUGAUUGGCUUACUCUUCCGCCAUGUUGGUCCCUUCCUGCCUCUCACAGUAUAUUUAGGCCCCAUUUCUGUCUCCCACAGGACAAACGUGCUUCUUCCUGAUUCCAUCACCACCUGGGAGAUCCAGGCUGUUAGCAUGUCUAAUACGAAUGGUGAGCUGGGCAUUUUUGUAUUUCUUGGACCAAAACACUGUACUCUCUAGCUGCUGGCACCUUAAAUACUCAUUUAUCCCUUUCAGCGUUUAAUUCAUCCAUUUUCAUUCAACUGACUACACAAACCCAUCAUAACACCCAACCCAUUCUGCCAUGCCGCAUAAGCCUAUAUUAUUAUUUACUGCUUUCUACAAAUGGCACAUCUUCUCAAAACAGUUCUCAAUAUCAGCAUGAUAUCAUGCUGAUAUCAGCAUGCAGUGAAAUAGACUUUUAAAAAAAUUAUAACUGAACAAAACAGCAUUGCAAACAGUACUAAACACCCAAAAGCCAGCAUUAUGCCAGCAAAAUAUAGAAAAACUAUCCAAAUCGAUCCAAAAUAGUAAUCAUGCAGCUCAAAUCUCUUUAAUUAACUGAAGGCUUCAGCAAAGAAAUGAAUCUUUAAGGCCUUUUUAAAAGCCACAAUUCUCAGGGCCUGCUGGAUGUCCAAUGAAAUUGCCUUCAGCAACGGUGCAGCCACCACCAAAAAGGACCCGCGUUUGUGUGUUCACCAGUCUCGCCUCCUUGAUCGACAGGCACCUCAAUAAAGCUUCAGAGGUGCAUUUUCAGGUGUACAUGGCAUCGCACAUGGCACAAAUUGAACACAUUCAUGCGGGGUGGCAACCAAUGGUAGGCAAGUAGGGGUUGUGCCCUUGAAUUCUGUAGUGAGUUAUCCAGGAGAAGGCAUGGCACAUUCAUUAUACAGCUUUUGGUGAAUGUGGAAGGCACACCUCUUUACCUUGAGGUGCAUAUUUUUAGAACCUACCUAAAUAAAAAUAAAAAUAAUAAAAAUGAUUUAUUAUUUAUACCCUGCCUAUCUGGCUGGGUUUACCCAGCCACUCUGGGUAGCUUGCAACAGAAUUUUAAUAAUAAUAAAAAGAGAUAAAACAUCAAACAUUAAAAACUUCCCUAAACAGGGCUGCCUCCAGAUGUCUUCUAAAAGUCAUAUAGUUGUUUAUUUCCUUGACAUCUGAUGAGAGGGCAUUUCACAGGGCGGGCGCCACUACCGAGAAGGCCCUGUGCCUGGUUCCCUGUGUAACCUCACUUCUUGCAGUGAGGAAACCGCCCGAAGGCCCUCGGUGCUGGACCUCAGUGUCCGGGCUGAACGAUGGGGGUGGAGACGCUCCUUCAGGUAUACUGGUCCGAGGCCAUUUAGAGCUCUAAAGGUUAGCACCGACAUUGUGCUCGGAAAAUAUACACCUUAGGGUCCCAGUGCGAGCAAUUAAUAAUAAGGACAAUAAUAAAAUAAUAUCUAUGCCAGGGACCUGCCAGCAAGACGGCAGCUUUCAGCUCAGUUCUGGAAGUCUGUGUUGCCGUUCUGAUCUUUUCUUAAUCCUGUGUCUCCUGCAAAAAGAUACAACCAGGAAACGUCAUUCCCUCCGGUUUUCCGGUUGUCCAUAUUUCCCUCCCUCCCUCCUCCUUCACUGGGGGCUCAUUCGUUCUCGUUCUCUCAGGCAUCUGUGUCUCAGAACCCGUUCGGGUCAGAGUCUUCCAGAACUUCCACAUCUCUCUCCGGCUGCCCUACUCAGUGAAGCAGUUUGAACAGAUCGAGCUUCAGCCGGUUCUCUACAACUACCAGCCUGAGCCCAUCAGCGUAAGCAAAGCCCCCACCAUCUCCUCUCCCUUCCGCUGAUCCUGUGCCUGCACAGGUCACCUGCUUUGGGUGCAGAAGGCCCCUGGUUCACUACCUGGCGCUUCUGCUAGGGACCCUCUCUGGAAACUGAAAUAUACUCAGAGUCGCAAAGUGAUUUCAUGCUCUUUAUUCAGCUCAUAGUGGUGAGGAGGAAUGAAUAAUAGUCCCCUCACAGUAUCUGCUUUAUAUACAUUAUUUACACAAUGGGCUGCACAUGAUUGGCUAAUUCUGGAAUUCUACUGUAAGCCAAUCAGGUUGUGGAUUCACUUCUAUCUGGAGCAGGAUUGGGUGGUUCCUGCCAACCAAUCAUACUGCUGCAUUGUUCUAGGACCAAUCAGACUGCUGCAUUCUGAAUCCUAUUGUUCUAGGACCAAUCAGACUGCUGCCUUUUGGAUCCUAUUGUUCUAGGACCAAUCAGACUGCUACAGUUUGGAUCCUAUUCAACUCAGGACAUAACCCCCCGCCCCUCUAAGUUCCAGUCCUGCCCGGGAGGUCGCAUUCAUAGUCCUCAAGGUAUGCCGGCGGCCUACGUGUGCGUUGUGGCCUGGGGUGUUCCCUGGUCCGGGCUCCGGGUUCUGGCUCGUGUUCCAAGGAUGCUGGCUGUGAUGCGGCUGUUUGGUCUGGUGCAACCGGCUCGCUCAGUCGUGGUUCUGGUUCCGGUGUCCUUUCGGCCUCACGGGUCCUCUCUGUAUUUACUGAUUCUGCCUCUCCUGCUGGCCCCUCCUGCUCUAUGGGCCUCACUGCCCCGCUGUUCCCUUGGGACUCCUCUGACCUGUCCUCCUCCUGGUUUUCUCCCGGGAAUCGUCGCCGUAUCUGGUCGCAGUGGCGGCGCCAGCAUUGCCCCCAUCCGUUAGCACCUCGUACGACACGGGGCCAGUGACCCUGGUGAUUGUGGCGGGUACCCAUGCUGGGCCUGCCCCAAAAUUCUUUGCGUACACUGGGUCCUGGGCCUCGAAGGUCCGGGGUUCCUGCCUUCCCCCACCACUACCUCAUCCUGAGCUCUAUCGGGGUGAAGGCGGUCCAAUCUGAUUGCAAGGCGCCGACCCAUUAGUAGUUCAGCUGGGCUCCGGCCAGUCGUUGAGCUGGGGGUGCUGUGCUGUGCUAGAAGGAAUGUGGCAAGGCGGUACUCCCAGUCCCCUUGCGUCAUGCGGCGAAGGGUGUCCUUGGUGGUCCGCACCAUGCGUUCUGCUUGGCCAUUGGUGGCAGGGUGGAACGGCGCCGAACGGAUGUGGCGGAUGGCGUUCUGCGCUGUGAAGGUUUGGAAUUCUCCUGACGUAAAUGCAGUCCCGUUGUCUGAGACGAGAGUGUCAGGGAGCCCGUGGGUUGCAAACAGCCUGCGUAGUACCCGGAUGGCUGCGGACGUGGAAGUGGACGGUACCAGUGCGACUUCCAGCCAUUUGGUGUAGGAGUCCACCACUAUGAAGAAUGUUUUCCCCUGAAAGGGGCCAGCGAAAUCCACAUGCAGGCGUGACCAUGGUGCUCGGGCGGACUCCCAGGACUGGACUGGGGCCCUUGGGGGAUCUGGGCGGGAUUCUUGGCAGGCCUGGCAGUGUUUGACCCAGGCCUCUAUCUCUCCAUCGAUCCCCGGCCACCACACAUAACUCCUGGCAAGGGCCUUCAUUCUUACUACCCCUGGAUGUGUCUCGUGUAGGGCUGUGAGGACCCUUUUGCAGAGGGGCUGGGGAACAACGACUCUGCUUCCCCAUAACAGGCACCCCUUGUGGGCCGACAGUUCAUGUUUGCGGGUUGUGUAGCCGGCGAAUUCUGGCCCGGGGCUGCUGCUGGGCCAUCCCUCCACACCCAGUCCAGGACCCGGGAGAUGACCCUAUCUUUCUUGGAAUGGUGUGCAACUUCUUGUGCCUGAAUGGGGCGGUCGGGAAGCAGCUCCAGGCUCAUAACCUCUUGUGCAGGUGCUGGGUCAGGGCCUGUUUCCGGUAGUGGUAGCCUGCUGAGGGCGUCCGCAUGGCCCAUCGCCUUCCCAGGUCGGUGAAUCAGUGCAUACUGGUAGCUGGCAAGGAAAAUUGACCACCUGAGGACGCGAGGAGACAGCACUUGGGGGGUCUGCUUUUCGGGGCAAACAAGCCAAGCAACGGCUUGUGGUCAGUCACCACGGUGAAGGGCCGCCCGUACAAGAAAUCAUGGAAUUUUUUUACUCCCUUUACGAUUGCCAGACCCUCCUUGUCGAUUUGCGAGUAGUUCCGCUCGGUUGUGUUGAGUGUCUGGGAAAAGUACGCCACCGGUACCUCUCUUCCAUCCGGGAGUUGGUGCCCCAGGACAGCUCCAAUGCCAUAGGGUGAGGCGUCGCAUGCUAGCACCACCGGCAGCCUCUCGUCGAAGUGUGCCAAGACCGAGUUUGAGACAAGCAAGUCCUUGACUGCCUGGAAUGCGGCCUCCUGGCGCUGGCCCCACACCCAAGGGGCCCGCUUGUCCAGGAGUCUGUGUAGGGGCUCCGCUACCGCCGCCUUGUGGGGAAGGAAGGAAUGGUAAAAGUUCAAUAGUCCCAAGAAGGCCUGAAGUUCAGUCUUGCUCUUGGGCGCUGGGGCAUCACAAAUGGCCCGUACCUUGUCCCCAGUCGGGUGGACCCCUUCUGCGUCCACCAUAAAUCCCAGAAAGUCCACCUGAGGCACUCCUAGUAGACAUUUUUCCCGCUUCACCUUGAGACCCGCCGUCUGGAAACGGUGCAGAACGGUGCGGAGGCGGUCCUCAAACUCCUCUGGUGUGGGGCCGGCAAUCAACACAUCAUCGAAGAAGGGGGUGACGCCAGGAAUCCCUUUAAGGAGAGAGUCCAUUAUAUUCUGGAAUAUGCCUGGUGCCACGCUGACACCGAAUUGCAGCCGCUUUACCCUGAACGCUCCUCUGUGCGUCACAAUCGUCUGUGCCUCUGCUGUGGCCUCAUCUACUGGCAGCUGUUGAUAUGCUUGGGCCAAGUCCAGCUUGCCAAAAAUUUUCGACCCAGCCAGGGUGGCAAGGACAUGGCUGACCACUGGCACUGGGUAUGCGUGGGCCGUGAGGGCCUUGUUUAUGGUACAUUUGUAGUCUGCGCAGAUGCGGACCGAACCAUUAGGCUUGACGGGUGUGACGAUUGGGGUUUCCCAGGGAGCAUUAGGCACCGGCUCCAGCACUCCUUGCUCUACGAGUCGGUCCAAUUCCUCGUCUAUACGGGGUUUCAAGGCGAACGGGACCCGGCGGGCCUUGAGCCUGACCGGUCGUACUGCGGGGUCAAGCUGUAGCGCAAUGGGGGGGCCCGUAUACUGUCCCAAUUUCCCAUCGAAAACCCCUGGAAAUUCCUUGCAUAUGGCGUCCACGUCCACUUGUAAGCUAGUGUGGUUCACCCCAGUGACAGCUAGCCCCAGUGGUCCAAACCAUGCCAAUCCCAGUAAGCUAAUGUAGGGGCCCUUGACCACAAGCAAGUCCAGUUGCCGCGUCCGCCCUCGGUAUUGCACCCUGAAGGUCCCCACCCCCAUUGUGGGGACCUUACGUUUCUGGAAGUCCCGGAGGGUGAAUGGGGCCGGCCUGAGUUUGGGACUCCCAGUAGGUCACAGUUUCCUUAAGGUCCUUGCCGAGAUUAUGGAUAGAGUUGAACCCGUGUCAAGCUCCAUGCGGCAUGGGGCCCCUCUAUCUGUACCUCUACAUAAAUUUUCUCUACGUUGGGGUGGGGCAACUGGUAUACCUGGAAGUCCGUGAGCUCCGUCGAGUUGCCUUGGUGCGUUGGGCCCCGGGACCUGGGGCUCUUGGAUUGGUCAUCUGAUGCCUGGUGUCGGGUGGGCCGAGCCCGACACACCCGGGCGAUGUGUCCCGAUUUUCUGCACUGCCUGCACUCUGCGUUGCGGAAACGGCAGGUCCUCCUCUCGUGACUCUCCCCGCAGCUUGCGCAGUUCCCUCCUUCUCGUCGAGGCAGCUGUGGUCUGUGCGCUGCUUGAGUGCGCUGCUGUACUCGGUGCACCUCCUCCCUGUCGGAUCCUGAGUCGUCGGUGAGGUCUUCAUGGUGGACCCUCGGUUGGGAUGGCAGGCUCGGCCGUGCCUCUUGGGUCGACCUCUCGGCAGCUUCUGUUGCCAGGGCCUCCUCCAGAGCGACCUGGAACGUUAGGUCCUUCUUAGCGUAGAGGCGUCGUUGCAGCUUCUCAUCCUUCAGGCCACCGACGAGGCGGUCACGAAGCAUGUUCUCCAGCUCUGAGAAGUUGCAGAACCGGGCGGCUUGGCGGAGAGAGGUCACAAACCCAGUUAUGGUUUCCCAGGGGCUUGCCGCUUUGCGUAGAAGGCAUUUCGACGAGCCACCACUGAGGGCUGCGGCGAAAGUGCCCCUUCAGCUGUUCCAUUAUUGUUUUGUAUGGAACAGUAGCGACGUCUUCAGGCGCAAGGAGAGCCCGGGCGAUUUCAAACGUCUCCUCUCCGCAGACGCUGAAGAAUAUCGCCCUCUUCUUGGCGUCUUCUUCGUCGGUGACCCCUUUGGCUUCUAGGAGGAAGGUGAAACGGGAGGCGUACGCUUCCCAGUCUCCAGAUGCUGGGUUGAAUGGCGAGAAGCUGCUGUUGGCUGCCAUUCUGAGUUCCUUGUGCCCCGGAGCUGAAGCCUGGAUACACGGUGCGAGGCAGCGGUGCGGCAGUUGGCGGUGCUGCGGUGCUGUGUGUGGCAGUCAGCUCAGCGGGAUCCCAUCCUCGUCGCCAGUGAAAUAUACUCAGAGUCGCAAAGUGAUUUCAUGCUCUUUAUUCAGCUCAUAGUGGUGAGGAGGAAUGAAUAAUAGUCCCCUCACAGUAUCUGCUUUAUAUACAUUAUUUACACAAUGGGCUGCACAUGAUUGGCUAAUUCUGGAAUUCUACUGUAAGCCAAUCAGGUUGUGGAUUCACUUCUAUCUGGAGCAGGAUUGGGUGGUUCCUGCCAACCAAUCAUACUGCUGCAUUGUUCUAGGACCAAUCAGACUGCUGCAUUCUGAAUCCUAUUGUUCUAGGACCAAUCAGACUGCUGCCUUUUGGAUCCUAUUGUUCUAGGACCAAUCAGACUGCUACAGUUUGGAUCCUAUUCAACUCAGUACAUAACAGAAACCCAGGAGAACUGAUGCCAGACAGUGCAGACAACACUGAGGUGACCUGGCAGCUUCCUAUGCGAGUCCCUGGGAACUGCUGUCAGCCCAAAAAAGCCAAGGCAAGCAGCAUGAGGCAGGAACAGGAAGAGUGGAGCUGGUUCCACAGAAGAUUUCUGGGCAGGCAUUGCAAUGAAAUAGCUGAAGAGGGCAAAUAAGAAAGGCUUAUGGCUGUUAAGCAUUGAGGCAAAAGGAUCACUGCCCCACCAACCUCCGCUUGCUCCCACCUGCCUGCCUUCUUACUUUCAACCAAUCAGGAGGCGGCACUACCUGUCAUUGGCUGUGGUUAAUUUUAUUUAUAUAUGUUCUUCCACCGUUGCCUGUGGCCAAAAUAGGCAUUGCAGGUUUUCAAAACGGUACCGAAACUUGUGAAACCUGUUUACCAGAAAGGAAAGCAGGCCGUGCACACGCACCUUUCAGAAUCUAUAUUUGAAAAAAUAAAAUAAACUCCACCUGUGUAUCCACGGUCUAUUCAAUUACGGUAAUUUUUACUUGGGGAAAACCCACUGAAAAGCAAGGCAUGUCAGUUUCGGCAGGUCAGCCCUGAGUAAAAAAAACUCAGUUGAAUGCUGCUUGAUCGGAUUCUUCUGCCUCUUGAUUCUUUCUUUUGUCCCCUUUCUAGGUGUCAGUAUACCUGGAGCCCCAUGAUGGCCUCUGCUCUCCUGCCACUGUAGGCCCGGCACGGAAGCAGCGGGUGGAGGUGCCCGGGAACUCUGCGGUCCCCAUCCCCUUUGUGUUGGUUCCCAUGGGAGCGGCCGACAUCCCCAUCACGGUCGUCGCCCUUGGUGGCUUCGGGGGAGGGGACAAAGUCACCAAGAAACUGAGGGUCGAGGUAAGAGGCCUUUCAUCGCAGGGAAUGUUUUUCCGCUCCCAAGACCACUCUGGGCCAACCUUCUUCUUCUUCUUCUUCUUCUUCUUCUUCUUCUUCUUCUUCUUCUUCUUCUCCUUCUCCUCCUCCUCCUUCUCCUUCUCCUUCUCCUUCUCCUUCUCCUUCUCCUUCUCCUUCUCCUUCUCCUUCUCCUUCUCCUCCUCCUUUGGUGAUCACUCGUAGCCGAGUAAGGUUGUCUUCCAUAAACACUGUUUUAACAGUGAGUCCGUAAGUGACUGUGGAGGCCAAUUCUGGACCCACACGUCCUUCCACAGUGGGGACAUAGGUGUUAUGUCCUUCUUUCCCCCUGCUGUUGCUGUUUUCCAUCAUGUCUUGGGCGAAGCGUAUAUCCCAUGGUUGUUUCAGAAAUUUAUCCAUUUCUCUGUUGUUUAGCAACUUUAACAACAGCUGCAAAAAUCCCUCUGUCCCAGUGAAUAACCUGUUUUCACCAUUUCCCCUCUCAGCCUGGGAAGAGGAGUGGUCUGUUGAAUUGCAGAUGACUCAGUAAUGAACCUUAUCAGUUGCUUGGCAAGUUCACAGACUCCUUUCAUUCUUCCGUCCAACUGAAGAUAAAUGAGCAAUUAUACUUCCAAUUAAAUUAAAUUCCAGGUCCUCUUAGCGUUAUUCCAAUUCUUCUUCAUUUGCAGAAAGAGGGUGCCGUCCAGGUGGAGGAAUAUUCCGUUUCCCUGGAUAGUAAAGGUAGGAGACUUGAACACAGAUCUGAAACCCAGUUCCUGAGGGUGGGUGAUGCAGAAACAACUCUUGGCGUUUAAAUACAGAACACGCAUACAUACACCACACCCAAAGCAUUACGUGGGCUAUAUCCCCCUGUCACCCAUAGGUUGAUAGCAGGUGAGCAUGCUUUUUAAAAAUGGAGAAAGUAAAAAGAAACCCCCAACCUCAAAAGAGAAGUCAGAUAAGGAGGGGGCACCUGAGACCCUCCAGAUGUGCCACCCCCCCCCCCCCCGCCAGCAUGGCUAGUAUUCAAGAGUCCCUUCCAGUAUUGAUGAUAUUUCUUGCACUUAUGGUUUGGAAGAUGGGAGCUUGUGAGCAGAGAGCCUGCACUCUUGCCUGCCUCUAUUUGCAGAGUAGCAUACGCAGUAUAAUAGUAAUAAUAAUAAUAAACCUUUAUUUAUACCCCGCCCUUACUGGUUCAAAAACCGGGCUCAGGGUGGCUAACAACAAAUUUUAAACACUUAAUUAUAAAAGCAGCAUAAAAUACAGUAUAAAAAUGUGAUUAACAAUAAAAUUCAGAAAUCAAAAAUCAAUUUAGGGGAAAUAAGUAUGAGAUAAUCCCCAGGGCUAGCUGGCUGAAUUGGUCCUACUUGGGCCAGCAAGGAGGCCAGGGGAGAAUUAGCUGUGGGGUCUCAGAGCGGGUGAUCUUCAUAAAAGGGGAGGGGGAGGGAAGAGAAGGGAAAUAAAAGAUCAGGCUGAAUUCAAAUUAAAGGCCAGGCAGAAUAGCUCUGUCUUACAGGCCCGACGGAAGGAGGUUAAAUCCUGCAGGGCCCUAGUCUCAUGGGACAGAGCAGUCCACCAGAUCGGAGCCGUCACUGAAAAGGCCCUGGCCCUGGUGGAGGAUUGUCUGACUUCCUUAGGGCCCGGGACCUCUAAACUAUGGUUAUUCAUAGACCUUAAGGUCCUCUGCGGGGCAUACUAGGAGAGGCAGUCCCGUAGAUACAAGGGCCCUAAGCUACAAAGGGCUUAUGUGUAUAGUGUAUAGUGGCAAUCUCCCAAAUUAUUAUGAUUUAUUACAUCUAGGAUCAUCCGAAUGCUUGGCUAUUGGAAAGGAUCAGAGAGCAACAGAGACGUCUUGUGAGCUAGAACAUGAGGAGUGUCACUGUUCCAUUAUAGGGCUACCCAAAAUGCAUCUGGGGUUGCCACUGUCAGAACAGGGUGCUACAUUAUGAUGGGCCCAUGGCCUGAUCCUGCUACAGAGCUCUUCUCACAUUCUUUACGUACAGGAACUUAGCUGCUGUAAGGAAAUUUCAAACAGGCUUUUUGGGGAGGCUGCCUGAUGUUUCCAGGAAGUAGACAGACCAUGGUAGUCUGCACUGGCAAAAGGAGGAGGUUGCGAAUCCCAGAUCCCUAAAUUAUUCGGAAGGGCUGCAGAAGCUGUUGGCUUGGAGUGGUGAGGAGCUACCAAUGUUUUCCCUUCUUUUUUCCCCGUUCGAGACAGAUGGGCGCACCAGAACGGUGGAGAUUUCAGGCGAGAUUCCCUCCAACGCCAUUCCCGGCAGCGACUUCAAGAUGAGCGUCCGUUUGACAGGUGCAAGGAACAAGCCAGAGAGGAAAUCAUGGAAUUGUAGAGUUGGAAGCCCUUGCAAAGCAGGAAUCUUGAUGCCAAACCUUCCUUUAGUUUCACUUGUUCUCCAGCUGGCAGUUAAAAGAUUUCCAGAUUGUAGCGGCACACUGGCAUGGCAGACUUAAACCGGUUUGGAUCAAGCAAGCAGGGGACGCUGUGGGUCUCUAACAGAGAAUUAUCAGCACCUUAAACAAACAUAAUAAUAAUAAUAAUAAUAAUAAUAAUAAUAAUAAUACAGUGGUGCCCCGCAAGACGAAUGCCUCGCAAGACGGAAAACCCGCUAGACGAAAGGGUUUUCCGUUUUGGAGGUGCUUCGCAAAACGAAUUUCCUAUGGGCUUGCUUCGCAAGACGAAAAUGUCUUGCGAGUUCCUGCGGGGUUUUUUUCCUCCCCCCCCUUUUUCCCAAGCUGCUAAGCCGCUUAUCAGCUGAUCCGCUAAGCCGCUAAGCCGCUUAACAGCUGAUCGCUAAGCCGCUUAUCAGCUGAUCUGCUAAGCCGCUUAACAGCUGAUCCGCUAAGCCACUAAGCCGCUUAUCAGCUGAUCCGCUAAGCCCGCUAAGCCGCUAAUAGCACUAAUCCGCUAAACCGCUAAUGGGCUUGCUUCGCAAGAUGAAAAAUCCGCAAGACGAAGAGACUCGCGGAACGGAUUCUUUUCGUCUUGCGAGGCACCACUAUAAUACCUAUUUUUCUGUUUGUUAAGGGAGACCCCUGUUCCCCUCCCAGAGCUACAAUUCCUAGCAUGGCUUAACAAUCAAUUCUUCACAGGGAAAUUUGGGAGAGGAAUAGUCUCCUAACAGCUCCUUUAGCAAACUGCACCUCCCAUAAUCCUUUGCAGGAAGCCAUGACAGUUCAAGGUGGUGCCACAGUGCUUUAAAUGGACUGUGUUGCUGCGGCCCGGGCCUUGUGCAAACAUUGUUUUAAAAGCAUAACAGUUGGCUGGGGUUGUGGUAGGGGUAAGAUGGGAAAUAGUUUUGUUGUUUUCCCUCGCUGGCCCGUGCCGUGUUCUGAACCAUUGUUUUGCCUUGGGCCACCAGGCUCAGUGCCUGCGGACGUCCUUCAGAGCUCCCUGACCCCGGACGGCCUCUCGUCUCUGCUGAGGGUUCCCCAGGGAUGUGGGGAGCAAACCAUGGUCCUGCUGGCCCCCGGAGUCUAUGCCAUGCAAUACCUGGACAAGACAGAGCAGUGGCUGCACCUGAAGCCAGAGAGCAAGGAAAAAGCGCUGGAAAACCUCCGUUCAGGUGAUGGGCCAUGAUGCAUGCUGGGAGACGCAAAGGGGAUGCGCUGAGCUGUAUUAACUUACAAAUUACUGCACACGCCCCGGUAAUUUACACACCUGCAAUUUUCACAAGGAAAAAGCAUACUGUAAAAUUAUAUAUAAACAGACUGGCCAUGUUCAUCCUUAGCUAACAGCUCAGUAGCCCAAAGAGGCAGCAGCACUGAUUGGCUGGUGCCUGUGACGCCACAACUCCACCUCCCCAUCCUGCCUUGCAGUCUAUCUCCAUGUGCCAAUUGGAGCAGGCCAAUUUGGGGGGUGGGCAGGGAGGUAGGAGGACCAUUUGGCCUUGGCCUCAAGCUCAGAGAGACUUCCCUAGAGCAUGGAUCAGCUGAGGAUCUCCCACUUAAUCAGCAUCCAUUCGUUCGCUUUAAGGAUCUGCCAUCACUUACGCAUGGCCCCUGAAGGAUCCUGGCCUGUUUCUUCCUUUACCCCUAUGCCGCCAAAAAUAAAUCUAAAACUAGGAAAUCCUUAUGGACGUUUUGCAGAGAGGAAGCAAAGCAGCCAUGAUAGGUGUCUUUUGGGUGUUUGCCUUUUGCACUGCAGGCUAUGAGCGGAUCCUCACUUUCCGGAAGUCGGAUGGAUCCUAUGGAGCUUGGAUCACCCACCCCAGCAGUGUCUGGUGAGACUCAGCACUACGAAGGAGGCGGGAGGAGAGGUUCUGGGUGCGAGUAUUGGGAUGGUGCCAUACUAGACCUGCUUAAUCAAUCUUUAUCCCAAUCCCCUUGCACUGCAUGGUUAGGCCAUGUCGGGUCUUCAUUUGGCCUUGGCUCUCAGUGAGCGUUUGUCCUGCAUUCUGCUUGCUUUGCAAGGUGUUUUACGUGUCUUCCCAUUAUUCAUCCCCCUCAUUCCCUUAUUUCAAGGCCUUUCCAUGUCACUUUUCAAAUCACAAAGAAGUCCAGUUCUUUUUUAAAAAAGUGGAUUUGCUGCAUUAGGCCUGCCCUGUUGCUCAGAUAAUAAUAAUAAUAAUAAUAAUAAUAAUAAUAAUAAUAAUAAUAAUAUAUUUAUACCCCGCCCAUCUGGCUGGGUUUCCCCAGCCACUCUGGGCGGCUUCCAACAAAAUAUUAAAAUACAAUAUUCCGUUAAACAUUAAAAGCUUCCCUAAGCAGGGCUGCCUUCGGAUGUCUUCUAAAUGUCAGAUAGUUGUUUAUCUCCUUGACAUCUGAUGGGAGGGCGUUCCACAGGGCGGGUGCCACUACCGAGAAGGCCCUCUGCCUGGUUCCCUGUAACUUGGCUUCUCGCAGUGAGGGAAGCGCCAGAAGGCCCUCGGCGCUGGACCUCAGUGUCCGGGCUGAACAACAGGGAUGGAGACGCUCCUUCAGGAAUACUGGACCGAGGCCGUUUAGGGCUUUAAAGGUCAGCACCAACACUUUGAAUUGUGUUCGAAAACGUACUGGGAGCCAAUGUAGAUCUUUCAAGACCGGUGUUAUGUGGUCGCUCCCAGUCAGAUAGUUGUUUAUCUCUUUGACAACUGAUGGGAGGGCGUUCCACAGGGCAGAAGGCCCUUGGCACUGGACCUCAGCGUCCGGGUAGAACGAUGGGGGGGAGACGCUCCUUCAGGUAUACUGGAAAGGAAGUGGUCUGGCAGCCCCCAAGCACUUGCAGGCACAAACCAUAUUGUCAUACAUGUGGGUAAAAUGAUUCAUUGUUAACGUUAGGAUUUUGAUUAAUUGGGAUAUGGAUGAAAGUGCAGAACUAUGCCAGGCAGGGAAUUCAGGGAAAUCCUGGGCUGGCUUAUGCAAACCAAUCUGGCUGCCUAUGGGGAGAAGAGCAGUUACAAAAAGGUGUUGAAGGGCCUUUGAGGUGAGGAAUCCUUUAGCAUCCUGUUACCAAGGUGAUGGAGUGUGUGUUUGAGGGGACAGGAAAAAGGAGGUUUGAAGCAAGGGUUUCUGGGAGUAAGCAGGGCUGAGAUCCAUCUUGGUGAGAAGAGGAAAGACUGAAGGUGUAAAUGGGCAAAUGAGCCCUAUUUGUCAAAGCACGACAGUCUCUGCUGUGUCUUCUAUUCUCCAAAGGGACACAAACCCUGUGUGUGUGCCUGGGAUGCCAUGGGCUCUUGCCACCGCUUGCAUAGCUGUCAACGUUUCCCUUUUUUUAAAGGGAAGUUCCCUUAUUCUGAAAAGGAUUCCUCGCAAGAAAAGGGAAAAGUUGACAGCUAUGACUGCUCGGCAGAGAGAGGGGCAGGCACCUGACUUUCGUAGCAGCAUUAGUUGCUUUUGACUGAUCUAGCAGCAUCAAAAGGACUGUUGUGGCCUCUGAGUUUUAUGGUAUGUGCUUGAAAACCUCCAAUUUAAUGCCGACCGCUUGCAGGCACCCCAAGUCAGCCGAGCAGUCCCUGCAGCCAUGUUCAGUGCCUCCUUUUUAAAUACGAGCUCCCAUUAAGGGCCCUGGAUGCGCAUGCACACACAAUCUCCACACCUGUGUCUGAUUAUUCGCCCGUCCUCCGACUCUCCUUCCCUCCAGGUUGACGGCUUUCGUAACAAAGGUUUUGACUCUGAGCCGCGAGUACCAAGAGGUGGAUGAGGCCAAGAUCCGUGAGACGGUGCAGUGGCUGCUGAAUAAGCAAAAAGAGGAUGGUUCCUUCGAAGACCCACAUCCUGUCUAUCAUCGGGAGAUGCAGGUAAGCUCCUGAGCAAACAUUAAAAAAUCAAACCUAAUGAAAACUCACCGGCGUUUUCAUGCAAAUUUAUCCUAAUUAACACAUUGGUUUAUGUACACAUUUUUGCAAGCACUUUCCCCAUAAUAUAAUGCAUUUCACCAAUAUCUUCAUUUUUACGCCCACUAUUAUUGUAAACUUUGUCUGGAGAACUGCAUCACAAAAAUCAGGUGAGUGCAAAUUUCAAAGGAUGGCUGAGUUUUGGUUUCUAUUGUGACUCGGAAAGGGUGAAUCGAUUCUCCGUCAGCCAUGCGUUCCCUUGUCUUUCCUCCCCAGGGUGGCGUUGGCGGCCUUCAUGGAGGCACCUCGCUCACGGCGUACAUCACCAUUGCGCUUCAGGAGGCCUUGGCUGUGUACAAAGAGGAGGAGUCGGAUCCAGAGCAGGAAAGAGCAAAGCAGGAACAGCUGAGCCGACUGGUAAGAAGCAAGGGAAGGCUGCGGUGGCGGGGCAAGCAGAAAAUAUGUGCAGUGAGGUUACAGGGAACCAGGCAGAGGGCCUUCUCGGUGGUAGCUCCCACCCUGUGGAAUGCCCUCCCAUCAGAUGUCAAAGAGAUAAACAACUAUGUGACUCUUAUUCUUAUUCUUAUUCUUAUUCUUAUUCUUAUUCUUAUUCUUAUUCUUAUAUUAAGAAACCACUGGAGAGCCAGUUAAUAUGCUGGACAUGGAAAUCCAGCCAGCCCAGAAUCUCCAUUUUUAACUUUUUUAUUAAAAAAAACACACAAUCAAGUUUCUAUCCCUCAUGGCACCUGACACCUGGCUGAUCCUGCCUCUUCCUGCCCAGGCAGCAAGACUCCUCACCUCCUUCCCUUCCUCCUCCCUUGACAUCACUGUAAUGUUGCAUGUCCCACCUUGCUGUGUUCUUCUGGCAAAUUGCAAGCUACAAACACUCAAAUACGUAUCAAUCAAUGUUUGCUUUUCCUUCUUUUCCAGAGAAACGGCCUGGCUCAGGCGACUGCCUUCCUUUCCCGCAAGCUGGAGGAUCAGUCCCUGGGCCCGUACCCUGUCGCCAUCACCAGCUACGCCCUGUCGAUCGCUUCCGACGACAAGUCAGCCAUUGCGAGUGCCGGCGUCCGCCUGAAGAGUCUCGCUACAGAGGACAAAAGUAAUUGCCCUCAAUCCCAAUAAAACUCUGGCCUUUCAGAUUCCGAGCUAACGCACGAGAUCCUGGCCACGCGUGUGUGUCCCCUUCCCCAAUACAUCGCAUCUGCAUGGCCCCUACAUUCUGUCCUUUCGUGUUUCUUCCAGACAACACCAUGAUGUUCUGGGCAGUGGAGGAGAAGGACCGGCUGCAGAAUGAGAAGAAACCUGGCCGGGUGCCUCCUGCUUCAGCCAUCUCGGUGGAGGCCACCGCAUACGGGCUCCUCUACCUGUUGCAGAAAAACGACAUUGCGUCAUCAGGCAAGGUGGCUCGGUGGCUGACGGAGCAGAGGAACUAUGGGGGUGGCUUCAGAUCGACCCAGGUAUGGUCUCCCGCAGGGCAUGUUUACAAAACGGAGGGACUUUUUUUAUUAAAGAUUUUCUUGAUUUACAAAAGUGUCUCUUAUCUCCUAUUUCCCCCCCCCCAUGUAACAUUUUUACAAAUCAGUUUCAUUUGUUGAGACAUUAGGAAGAAAAGGGGGAAAGAGGUGGAGAGGGGGGAAGAUAGGUGGGAUCGGGUGGCGAUGUUUCUAUUUUACUUACUAUAUGUAGGGUUUGGUGUCAGCGUUGCUUGUGCAGGUUCUUUGCUGUUCACUUGUGUUCCUUUGGUGGUGAGAGAGGUUGGGAUUGGCUUAGGGUGUGAUUGUUCAUUUGUGGUUGGCUGUGGUGGUCAUUGUUUUCAUGUGAGAGUGGGGUGGGUGGGUGUUUUGGAUCACGUCCUGGAGGAAACUCUUGAGAGUCCCAUGGACUGCAAGAAGAUCAAACCUAUCCAUUCUGAAAGAAAUCAGCACUGAGUGCUCACUGGAAGGACAGAUCCUGAAGCUGAGACUCCAAUACUUUGGCCACCUAAUGAGAAGACUCCCUGGAAAAGACCCUGAUGUUGGGAAAGAUGGAGGGUACAAGGACGACAGAGGACGAGAUGGUUGGGCAGUGUUCUCGAAGCUACCAGCAUGAGUUUGACCAAACUGAGGGAGGCAGUGGAGGACAGAAGUGCCUGGCGUGCUCUGGUCCAUGGGGUCACGAAGAGUCAGACACGACUAAACGACUAAACAACAACAACAGCCAUAUUGAUUUGUAUGCUGUUGGUGGAUUUUUGUCGUUGCCUUUAGGGCUGUGUAUGUGAUAAAGGGGAGCCAUACAUCUGUCAGUUUCAGUUUAUUGGUUAAUUUUUCUAGUAGGGGUCUUUCCCAUACUAUUUGGUACCACUGGUCCAUGAUUACCAAACGGAGGGACUAUUGAUGGCCACCAGCUCAGGUGGCUUUCAAGGGCGCUUUGACGAAUCCACGGAGGGUAGUCUUUGUGGCUGCUGGCCAUCAUUUCUCAAAUUCUCAGGGACUAGCCCAGUGCAGGCUGUGUUUUCCCACUCAAACUCUCAUAAACUGGCCCACUUCUCUCUCCUUUCAGGACACAGUGAUGGCGCUAGAAGCUCUGUCCCGCUAUUGGAUCAGCUCCUUCGAGGAGGAGGACAAUGAGCUGAAAGUGACCCUCAGAAUCCCCGGGAAAAGCUUGCCGAGGACCUUUACCUUUGGGCGGUCGAAUGAUCCGAUCCAGGAAGAACUUCAGGUGAGGGUUCGGGGUAGGGAUUCCUGCCAAACUAGGAUUCCGGACACUCGCCUGAUUCGAUUUGGGCAGAUCAGCCUGACCUGGGGUGGAUCGUGAGAUCCCUUCAGAAUCCAUAGUCCCACAGGCCCCUUCAUGAGGCAAACCCUGGGGGCUGCUGUUGCCGUGUGGGUAUUACAGUAUUAUUUGGUCUGGCCAUUCACUUUCCCUCCUCGUUUUUCUCCCACCUUCAGUUUUCCAUGGGAAGUAACAUCAAUCUGAAAGUGGAAGGGAAGGGGAAAGGAACUCUAACCGUGAGUAGCUUCAUCAUUUGUCUGCUUUGCUUUUAAUUAAAACCAACUGCUUCUCCCUCAUUUGUAUAAGCUUUAUAUUCAGGAAGGGCUGCAAUGUGCUCUAAGUGGGGCUACCUUUGAAGGUGACCUAGAAACUGCAACUAAUCCAGAAUGCAGCAGCUAGAUUGGUGACUGGGAGUGGCCGCCGGGACCACAUAACACCGGUCCUGAAAGACCCACAUUGGCCCCCAGUAAGUUCCUGAGCACAAUUCAAAGUGUUGUUGCUGACCUUUAAAGCCCUAAACAGCCUCGGUCCAGUAUACCUGAAGGAGCGUCUCCACCCCCAUUGUUCAGCCCGGACACUUGAGGUCCAGCUCCAAGGGCCUACCGGUGGUUCCCUCAUUGCGAGCAGUGAGGUUACAGGGAACCAGGCAGAGGGCCUUCUUGGUAGUGGCACCCACCCCGUGGAACGCCCUCCCUUCAGAUGUCAAGGAAAUAAACAACUAUCUAUGAUUUCUAGAAGACAUCUGAAGGCAGCCCUGUUUAGGGAAGUUUUUAAUGUUUGAUUCUAUUUUUAAUAUAGUCAUACCUUGGGUUACAGAUGCUUCAAGUUGUGUUUUUUCAGGUUGCGGACCUCCGAAACCCAGAAGUACCAGAACGGGUUUCUGGGUUUCGGCGGUCAUGCAUGCACAGAAAUGCUAAAUCGCGCUUUGUGCAUGUGCUGAAGCACCGAAUCGCAAACCGUGCGUGCGCAGACACGGGUUGUGACCGCUGCGGGUUGCGAACGUGCAUCCCACACGGAUCACGUUUGCAACCCAAGCAUCCACUGUAUUCUGCUGGGAGCUGCCCAGAAUGGCUGGGAAAACCCAACCAGAUAGGAAGGGUAUAAAUAAUAAAUAAUAAAUAAUAAAUAAUAAAUUAUUCUUAUUCUUAUUAUUAUUAUUAUUAUUAUUACUACUACUACUACUACUACUACUACUGUUACUACUAUUACUACUACAGCCCCCCACCCUGCCUCACUUUCUACCUGAAGCCUGUCAGCUUCCUCCUCCUUAGGCUGCGACUCCUGGGCUCUGAACAACCUUUACUCCAGUGUCGCUACUGCGAGUGCACAGCUUGAGAGCAAGGAGGAGCACUCCUCUUCUGUCUCUGUUCCCUUCCAGGUCCUGAAGCAAUACCACGUCUUGGCUGUGCAAAACACUUCGUGCCAGACUCUCGGGCUGCAGGUGGACGUGAGUGGUUCUUUUCAGCGUGCACGUAAGUCUGGGCUUCAGAUUCCAGUUCUAUGAUUCUGCAGUUGGGGAGACCGCCACUCUCCACAUUAACCACCACGGACUCCACUAUUGCCCUCUGAGGCCCUUCUCUGUGAGCCCGCUCCACGAGAGGUUUGGAGGGCCGCAAUGCAAGAGCAGGCCUUAUCAGUGGUGGCUCCUCAAUUGGGGGACGCUCUCCCCAGGGAGGCUCGCCUGGGACCUUCGUUACUUGUCUUUAGACUCCAGGCAGAAAUUUCUUUCCUCUGGGCCUUUGGCGUUGAAUUAUCCACAGCCUUCUUGAGUGGUACCUCAGGUUACAUACGCUUCAGGUUACAUACGCUUCAGGUUACAGACUCUGCUAACCCAGAAAUAGUGCUUCAGGUUAAGAACUUUGCUUUGGGAUGAGAACAGAAAUCGUGCUCCAGCUGCACGGCGGCAGCAGGAGGCCCUAUUAGCUAAAGUGGUGCUUCAGGUUAAGAACAGUUUCAGGUUAAGUACGGACCUCUGGAACGAAUUAAGUACUUAACCUGAGGUACCACUGUACAUCUGUCAUGAAUCUCCCAGCAUUCAUCAAGUGUUAUGAGCGAAAGAGGGGGGAACUUUUCUCCAGCCACUGCAUAAUUUUAUAAACUUCUAUUAUGUCAACUCGCCUCUAAACUCAAAUGUCCCAAAUGCCACAACUGUUGCCAGUAGGGAAUUUGCUCCAUCCCCUUGACCAUCUUGACCUUUUUCAACUCUGUCCGCAACAGCCGACGUAUUAGACUACUACUAUGAAUAUGAAGAUUACGGCCCAGAGGAUUCUGAGCCGAAAGCAGACCCUGCCGACCAGCCGUUGUCACCGAUCGAAGUCUUUGAUGCCCGCCGACGCCGCAGGAGGGAAGCCAAAGACCCUGGGCAGGAGCAGAAGGACGUCACCUACAAUGUCUGCUUCUGGUAAGGUUUGAUGAAUGGACAUUUCUUGAACAGGCAUAAUAUUCUGGUUCUAACCAGAACUAGGCCAUUUUGAGGAGGAAAGAACUCCCUUCCUCUCUUUGAGCACUGCCUUUUAGGGGAAGGCAAGUAUUUGCCUGGGUCCAGUAGUGGCAUGCUAGCCCAACACUCUAUAGCCGAACACUCUAACCAUUGUGCAAUAUUGCCGCUACCUGAAUAUCCUUUCCCUAACCUUUUUGUUUUCAAUUCUUUCCUCCCUACAGGAGACAAACAGGGGCUCAUGUCUCUGGCAUGGUUAUCGUGGACAUCACCCUGCUGAGCGGCUUCCAUCCGGAUGAGAACUACCUUGAGGAGGUGAGCGGAGGCUGUGCGGGCAUUUUGGCAUUUGACAAGGCUCAGGGUCCAGGCCUGCCAAGACCCCACCAAGUCCCGUCAAGUUCCCUUCCCCGUGGGGCCUUUAGAUAUGCAUCAGCACAAGUGCAGGCUGGUCCAUUAGCACACCAGCCUUCCAACAAAUGGCUGGGCCCAGCCUAGUAUUAUGGGCCACCACUCAGUCUGCUGUAAUAAUAAUAAUUCCCAGCCCAUCUGACUGAGCUGCCUCAUCUGCUAGAGCCUCAUCAGGACAAAGGACUGUGGCGAUGCUGUUCAGCUAUGAGAACCUUAUCCUGCUUAGUUGCCUCAAUGGCUAUUAUUAUUAUUAUUAUUAUUAUUAUUAUUAUUAUUAUAUUUCAAUUUUUAAAAUUAAUUUUCCAAAAAAAAUUAACACAAACAAACAAACAUAAAUCCUAGCCAUAAUUAAACCAAUCUUAAUAACAUUGUUAAGUGACUUCCUCAAAUCCCCUUGGUUGAAUUUCAUUGUAUAUCAUUUUAACAGUUUUCCAAAAUUAUUAUUAUUAUUAUUAUUGCCACAAUGGCCAUAUUCUCUGCUGUUGGGGGCAUCACCAGAUGUCAAAGAGAAAAACAACUACCAGACUUUUAGAAGACAUCUGAAGGCAGCCCUGUUUAGGGAAGCUUUUAAGGUUUAAUAGAUUAUUGUAUGUUAAUAUUCUGUUGGAAGCUGUCCAGAGUGGCUGGGGAAACCCAGCCAGAUGGGUGGGCAAUAAAUAAUUUAUUUAUUUAUUUAUUUAUUUAUUUAUUUAUUUAUUUAUUUAUUUAUUUAUUUAUUUUUUAUGCCCCUUAGAGCUCAUGCAGACUUUCCUGUGACCUUCCCCCGGGGAAACUUGAUCUUUAGCGCUGAAGCAGAGCAAACAUUGGGCACCUGGUCCAAUUCAGUGCUAAAGAGUGAGUUUUCCUGAGGGGAAAGCGGCAGAGCACAUGAGAAGCUGCUCAGACCUGUGUCUAAGAAGCGCAGGAUGAGAGGGAACCUUUUUGGACGAGCCUUCAAUUCCAGUGGGCGGGAAUUGCAGGUGGGGAGAGAGUAGGGCUUCUGUCCUCAGGCCCUCCUUUCGGGGUUUCCAUGGCGGGGUCCGGUUGGCCGCUGCAAGAACAGAACGCUGCACCUGACCCAGCUCUUCUUACGACUCUCCUGUUUGCCGGUUCACCUCCUUGUUUCUUUCCUUGAUCUCCCAGCUGCGAACUCUCCCCGAUCAAUACAUCAGCCACUGGGAGAUCCAAGGACGGCGGCUGCUGCUCUACUUUGACUCGGUGAGAGCGAUGCGUGCAGGAUUAUGCCACGAGAACGGAGGCAGUGGGGGGCAGGGAGGAAGGGCAGCUGCACAGAGGAGUUCAGAUAAACUCUCCCCGCCCCCCAUUGUAAUGUGCAAGAGGCCAGGAUGGCACCCACCCAACCUGCCUUUGGGCUAUAUGGCACUAAACCUUUUUUAUCUGAGCGAGGGCCACAUUUGCUUCUCUGCAACAUUCUGGGGGCCGCAUGCCAGAGGUGGGCAGGGCCAAGGGGUGAAAGUGGGUGGAGCAACAAAGGUCAAUUCUGUCCUUGUACACUAGGCUAGUUUCUAUGCACUCUGACACCUGCUUCUCUAUCCUCCACCCAAAGAAGCAAGAGUUCGAAGGGCACCUUCCAGCCAAGCAGCUGGAGUCACCUCCCUUUUGAAGUGACUGGCCUAGUGAGCUUAAUGGCUGAGUGGGGAUUCGAACUCGGAUCUCCCUGCUUACAGCACAAAACCAACUCUGAAAUGAUAUGCAGGAGGCCCUGGAUUUGGUCCCUCACAUCUCUACUUAUCAGGGCUUUUGCCUUUGGAGGACUGCUUCCACUUCGCAUAGACGGCACUUGGCAAUCACACCUGUGCCCUUCUGAUGUUUUGGGCUCAGUGGAGGCCUUGCCAGCCUCAAUCUGCCUCCAGCCUGCCACGUUACUUACAUCCCAUCCAGCGGGUGGCGCUGGCUGUCAGCCUCCUCCUUCCUUGGUCUCAGCAUUGCCGUUAUAGAACUCAGCAGAGAGGAGGAGAUAACGCAUUGCCUGUGCCCGCCAUUGGCUCUGGCGCCACCUACUGGCGGCCUCCCUGCCUCCUGCCCUAUCACUUUUUAUACCGUAUUUUAUGUUGUUUUUUGCUGUAUCACAGUUAAGUGUUUUAAAUUUGUUGUUAGCCACCCUGAGCCCGGUUUUCUGAUUAUUAUUAUUUAUUAUUACCAGUACCAGUGACCCCUGUGCUACCUCGGAGCUGAUAGUUAUCCAAACCAUUUGGAGGGCAUCAGGUUGGGGGAAGCUGGGGGAGAUUGCCCAGCGGCCUGAUCCAAUAUAAGGAAGCUUCAUAUGUUUCCUUUACAUUAUUGUUGUGCUCCCCCUCUGGGCUUUGUGUUGGAUUUUUGCCUCUGAUCUUUUUCAGUCGCUUUUUGCAGUGGUUUAGUUGGUUGGCUGCUUCGUUUACUUAUUUCAGAGGUGGUUGUGCUGCUCAGCUCCCGCUGGCCACUGUGAGAAUAGGAUGCUAGACAAGACAGGCCACUAGAUCGAUACAGCAGGCAAGGGCUUUCUCCUACGUUCUUAAAUAUACCCAUCUAUAGGUGCCAGCAUCCGGACGCGAAUGCGUAUCGUUUACAGCAAAGCAGCUGGUGCCUGUGGGGAAAAUCCAGCCAGCCAGUGCCACCAUCUAUGAUUUUUAUGAACCAGGUAAGUGAUUGACAGGUCACAGGGCCUGAGGGGGGGCGGGGGAAGCAGGCUGCAUCUUUCUGGUGGAGCAAAGGUUUAGUAGCUGCGGCCUUAGGGAGCAGGAGAGCGUUGCCUUUGCUGGCUGUAGCAGGCAAUUAAGGGAUAAUUUUUGCUUAUUAAAUCGUAACCUGACAUGACAACAUUCUCCUCAGUUUGAGAUUGUGAUUGAAUUACCACAUGCAAAACUACCCAGGUUAAUUUUAACAGGAGUUGCUUGCAGCUUAAAACCUAGGCAGAGAGAGAGGUGCUAUGUCUGAAUUAGGCCAGAGUGUUUUCCAUGCAUGAAAUGUUCUGGAGAAGUUUGAUAUUUUCUAUCCAGGGGAUUAACUUAGGUUGGCUCUGGGCGGGAGUCAAAUGAGUUUUUGAAUUCAUGGAACAAGAUUCUCCCCUCCCUUUGUGUGCUGCCACAACCCCUAAAUCUGCUUUGGAGCAGUGGGAGAAUUUCCAGUGCAGGUUUGUGGGGUAACUCAGUGAGAAGAUAGGGAAGGAAAGCGCUAUUGGGGGGGGGGGAUUAUUGGGUUGUUUUUGGUUUUAUUUUGUAUUUUUUGUUUUUGUGAUUUUAUGUUGUAACCACCCGGAGAUCUGCAGGCAUAGGACGGUAUACAAUUUAAUUAAUUAAUUAAUUAAUUAAUUAAUAAUAACCUCAUUCACUUUCUGAAAAAAGUUGAAUAUGCUGAGGUUUUCGUGAUAAGCAAAUGUAUUUUCUUUUAUUUAUAAAAAUAUUUCUAUACCACUACAGUGGUACCUCGGGUUACAGACUCUUCAGGUUACAGACACUUCAGGUUACAGACUCCGCUAACCUGGAAAUAGUACCUCGGGUUAAGAGCUUUGCUUCAGGAUGAGAACAGAAAUCGCGUGGCAGCGGGAGGCCCCAUUAGCUAAAGUGGUACCUCGGGUUAAGAACACUUUCAGGUUAAGAACGGACCUCCAGAAUGAAUUAAGUUCUUAACCCGAGGUACCACUGUAUUCGCAAAAAACCACCACCCAUCAGAGUAGUUUGCAACAAUUGUACAUAACUCCAUAAAAUAAAACAAAACAUUAAAUAGUUAAAAUAAGAAAGCAGCUGACUAUUUCGGAAAUAUGCGUUCUUGAUUGCCUGUAUGGGUCUGGAAUAGAAGACUUGUCCACAGGCGUUUAAAACUUGAAACAGAAGGCAGCUGCUGGAUCUCUGUUGGCAGAGUAUUUAUUCCGCGAUCCUGGGCUGAUGAUGCUAAAGGCUUGGUUUCUUGUUGUGGUCAAAUGAACCUAACCAACUUGAGGAAUGACUAUGGCAAUCACAGAGAUCAGGGUGGGAUAUAAUGGUUUAUGUUCCCUGACAUACUCUGGACUUGCAAAUUAACGGAAGGACUUUGAACCUGGAUCAGGUUCACAAAAGCUUAUUACAAAAUUGUUGUUGUUGUUAUUUCUAUAUCGCUUUAUAUUUCUAAAAAAUAAUCUCAAAGUGGUUUGCAACACAUUAAAACAUCAAAUAAAACAAUCCAGACUGAAACAUUACAGUGGUACCUUGGGUUAAGUACUUAAUUCGUUCCGGAGGUCCGUACUUAACCUGAAACUGUUCUUAACCUGAAGCACCACUUUAGCUAAUGGGGCCUCCUGCUGCCGCUGCGCCACCAGAGCACGAUUUCUGUUCUCAUCCUGAAGCAAAGUUCUCAACCCAGGGUACUAUUUCUGGGUUAGCGGAGUCUGUAACCUGAAGCGUAUUUAACCUGAAGUGUAUGUAACCCGAGGUACCACUGUACUGAAUAAAGUCAAAUAUAAAACAUACAUUCAAUGCAACGUAAUUAACAGGAAACUCAAACGCCAUCUUAAAGAAUGAAAAAAAGACCAUUACAAAGGAGGUCAGAAUGCACAUUUAACAAAGUUAACAAACAAAAAAUUUACCAGUUACAGAUAGGUAGCCGUGUUGGUCUGCCAUAGUCAAAAUAAAAAAAAUCCUUCCAGUAGCACCUUUAAGACCAACUAAGUUAGUUCUUGGUAUGAGCUUUCGUGUGCAAGCACACUUCUUCAGAUACACUGAAACAGAAGUUGCCAGAUCCUUCUAUAUAGUGAGAAGGUGGGGAGGGGUACUACUCAGAAGGGUGGUGGGAAUGUGAGAUUGGCAGAUAGCUGGGAUGAGCCUGCUGACGACUCUUAACGACUGUAAUGGGUCUUACAGGAAAAGGCAAGGGGUGAGAAGGUGAGAAAUGGCUUAGUCAUGUAUAAUGGGAUAAGAAUCCAAUGUCUUUGUUCAAACCAGGUUUCUCCAUGGUUUUAAGUUUGGUAAUGAGUUGCAAUUCACCUUAAAAAAAAUUUACCUUAAGCAUUUCAGACAAAAGCAAGUCAAAUAUAAAUUGCAUAUUUAAAGCAGCAUAACAAACAAGGGAAUAAAAUAUUAUCCCAAGCUUAGGACGUAUCUGUUGCUGUUGCCACCAGACCUGCCAAAAGUGGUUCAUGGCAGGUGAUGGCUGUGGAAGCCCAGUGUUAUGUACUGAGUUGAAUAGUAUCCAAAAUGCAGCAGUCUGAUUGGUCCUAGAACAAUAGGAUUCAGAAUGCAGCAGUCUGAUUGGUCCUAGAAAAAUAGGAUUCAGAAGGCAGCAGUCUGAUUGGUCCACAGGAGCCACCCAAUCCAGUUCCAGGUGGAAGUGAAUCCUCAACCUGAUUGGCCUACAGGAGAAUCCCGGAAUUAGCCAAUCACUAAUUGCCCAUUGCGUAAAUAAUGUAUAUAAAGUAGAUGUUUUGGGGGAACUUCCAUUCCUCACUACUAUGAGCUGAAUGAAGAGCAUGAAAUCCACACUCGACUCUGAGUAUAUUUCCCCAGGCUCGAUGACCUGACUCUGCACUAAAGAGACAGCUGGGGGUGGAAACAUAACAUGAAAAGCCUGAUCUUUUGGGGGAAGAAAGUUUGUUGUUCAAGACCUCCCAAUCUUUAAUAGAGCGGCCUGAGUUUGUCAGAAUGUGGCUGAGUCCACCUGAAAAUAGCAUCCGUCUGGAAGUACCAGGGUGAAUGGGUGUGAAUAUAUACACACACAUGCAUGCACAUUCACACACAAUUUCUUUUUUUAAAAUAAUUUUUAUUGAAUGAUUUUAUGGUACAAAAAACAAUACAGCCAUACGACCACUAAAUAUAAUUAAGGAAUAAAAAUUACAUACAUCAAUAUUUAGUUUGUCAUUUGUUAUUUACCGUCUUAUUUCCUCCCAAACAUUCCAUACAAAAACACACAUAUGUGCAGACACCCCCACCCCCACACCCCCACACAAAAUGAUAAUAAUGAAAGUAAAUAUUUCCCCCCCUUUUAUCUUACAAAAUCUUUUCUUCAACUUUGACUUCCUGUCAAGUCCAUUUGCAUAUAUUUUAUCUUACAAUCGAAUGUACACAAAACAAUAAACCUUUCUAUAUAAAUUUUCCAAUACAUUCUGAAAACAUAAUAAAUCCUUAAUUGUUGUCCACCUCCUUUUAGUUCCUUUAUCACUCGAUGCUAGCACGGAGUCAAAACUAUUAUUGUAUUUUUGAACAUAUCUUCUAUAACCAUCCCAUUUUUCCGCAAAUUUUUGCUUUGAGAUUCUCCUGAGUUUGCUAGUCAACUGAGCCAUCUCCACCAAUUCCUGUAAUUUGAUUUGACAAUCUGUUAUUUUUGGAGCCUUGUGAUCUUUCCAUCCCUUGGCCACAAGUAUUCGAGCCGCUGCGGUUGCAUACAAGAAUACCUCUCUUAGAUUUUUUGGGAUCUCUUUAUCUAAAAUACUUAAUAGAAAUGCCUCCGGUUUUUUCGUAAAAGUUAUCCCCAUCAUCUUUUUAAAUUCAUCGUAUAUUCCCCCCCAAAAAAAUCUUAAUCUUUUCACACGUCCACCACAUGUGGAUCAUGUCACCGUUAUGUCACACACAAUUUCUAAAUGUUCUCCUUUCGCCUUUCAGACCAGCGCUGCAGCAUCUUCUAUGGCGCCCCAAACAAGCCUCAGUACGUGUCCGCCUUGUGCUCUGAAGACGUCUGCCAAUGCGCCGAAGGUGAGGUUGCCUGGGCGGCCUUCCACUGGGGGUGAUGGGAAAUCUGGAGCAUCCCUCCCGCAGCAAACACACCACCUCCUUCGUUUCGCCCCGAUGGUGGGUUGAGGUUCUCUAAGGCAAUGCGACCAUAAGGCUCUCGCUUGCUGGAUCCCAACAGCAGGAUCUGAGCGAUCCUGCACACACCUCUUCUUAGGCUGUGCUUCAAACCCCACCGACCUGGGAGUUGGAUGGAGAGAUGGUGCCAGUGUCUUUUUUCUCUCUUUUUCUCGUUUUUCAACUCUCAAAUUCAGCUUCUCUGCAUUUCUGGAGACAUUUGUGAGUAAACCACAGAGCCUAGGGCUUGCCGAUCAGAAGGUCGGCGGUUCGAAUCCCGCGAUGGGGUGAGCUCCCGUUGCUGGGUCCCUGCUCCUGCCAACCUAGCAGUUCGAAAGCACGUCAAAGUGCAAGUAGAUAAAUAGGUACCACUCCGGCGGGAAGGUAAAUGGCAUUUCGGUGCGCUGCUCUGGUUCGCCAGAAGCGGCUUAGUCAUGCUGGCCACAUGACCUGGAAGCUGUACGCCGGCUCCCUCAGCCAAUAAAGCGAGAUGAGCGCCGCAAUCCCAGAGUCGUCCGCAACUGGACCUAAUGGUCAGGGGUCCCUUUACCUUUACACACACACACACACACACACACACACACGAAAUCCUCAGGAAAUUUCUUCAGCAUACCAGGAAUCAGGAUUGUAUAAAAACACAAAUGUUAGUGAAAGUACCGUACACACACACAGAUACAAAAAUCACAUUAUUUUAGGGGGACUUGCUUUGCAAAAAUGGAUACGUUAGGAGAAAGCUACACUAAAAUGCUGAUCUAUUAUCAUGAGGGCUUUUAUUAUCUUUUUUUAUAUAAAAGAAACCAGCCGACUGAUGUGGAAAUGUGGAGAGUUUGAGAUGAGAAAAGUCAGGAACGAGGAGGAACUGGAAUGGACAGAUUUGCCCAUUGCUGGCCCCCGUUCUGUGCUCACUUUCCCUACACCUCUCCCAUUACAAACCUGGACUGCCUAAACUCCACCUCCCUGCCCACUUCUCUUGAAGCAUCUCAGCACCCAGCCUUGCACUAAUGCACCAUCCAUUCUUCCCUGCCAGGGGAUCGUAGUGUCAAGCUUGGAGAGUCCUCCCCUCAGUUCGGUAACUCCAUAGAUAAGAAUCAACGAGCAGUUGAUAGAUUUAUAGCCAGUGUGGUGCAGUGGUUAAAAGCGGUAGCCUCGUAAUCUGGGGAACCGGGUUCGCGUCUCCGCUCCUCCACAUGCAGUUGCUGGGUGACCUUGGGCUAGUCACACUUCAUUGAAGUCUCUCAGCCCCACUCACCUCACAGAGUGUGUGUUGUGGGGCAGGAAGGGAAAGGAGAAUGUGAGCCACUUUGAGACUCCUUAGGGUAGUGAUAAAGCGGGAUAUCAAAUCCAAACUCUUCUUCUUCUUUUAUUAAAGCUUCAUUUUGCGCUCACAAAAUACACAGCUGUCCGCAAGGAGGGCAGUUGCCUGCUCUGAAUUCGACUCCCGCAGCAAGGAGCGCACCAACAUGAAGUUCCUCCCCCUCUCUGCCUCCUUUGCUCUCUGAUACGUUCGGACCUCCGAGUCCGUGGGGAGGGGGGUUCCCCCACACUCCCAACUGAUGUGUCUCCCAACUGCCCCCUCUCUUCUGGGUCUCUUGCCAUUAUCUCGUAGCUGGGUAUCUCCUCCCUAAUCUGUUCAGCUUCUGUGUCUGUGUCUCUGUCUGCCUGUCUCUUCUGAAAACACUGGGGGGGGGGGCAAAUACUCCCCCUCCUCUUCUGAGAGAAGGUGGUCUGCCUGUGACUGCAUUCUCCCAUCUUCAGAUCAAAACCAUUCCCUGACGCCUAGGAAACCUGACCUUAUCUCCUCUCUCACUUGCACAGGUGCCUGUCCGCGUUUGAAGCGUACCCUUGACGAGGCCAUUACGGAGCAAGCACGCAUGGAGUUUGCAUGCUAUAGUCCCCGUGUGCAUUACGGUAAGGAGUUAGGGGAGGGAUCAGAGACCCUCCAGCCUCUCCAGCCCGGCUCUUUUGGCUCUUGCUCCACUGAUGUCUCACCAUCUCUAACCCCUAAUAAUAAUAAUAAUAAUAAUAAUAAUAAUAUUUAUUAUUUAUACCCCGCCCAUCUGGCUGGGCCUCCCCAGCCACUCUGGGCAGCUCACAACAGAAUAUUAAUAUACAAUAGUCCAUCAAACAAUAAAGCUUCCCUAAACAGGGCUGCCUUCAGAUGUCUUCUAAAAGUCUGGUAGUUGUUGUUCUCUUUGACACCUGGUGGGAGGGUGUUCCACAAGGCGGGUGCCACUACCGAGAAGGCCCUCUGCCUGGUUCCUUGUAACUUGGCUUCUCGCAGUGAAAGAACCGCCAGAAGGCCCUCGGCGCUGGACCUCAGUGUCCGGGCAGAACGAUGGGGGUGGAGACGCUCCUUCAGAUAUACUGGACCGAGGCUGUUUGGGGCUUUAAAGGUCAGCACCAACACUUUGAAUUGUGCUCAGAAACGUGCUGGGAGCCAAUGUAGGCCUUUCAGGACCGGUGUUAAUAUGGUCUUGGUGGCCGCUCUAAGUUACCAGUCUAGCUGCCACAUUCUGGCUUAGCUGUAGUUUCCGGGUUACCUUCAAAGCCUCUGUGAUGCAUAAUUUCAGACUUUGCAUCUUUUCUGCUCAUGGUUCACAUGCAGCUCUGUAGCCAACUUGCAGACCCAGCUGAGGUCUGACGUUUAUGUCUUUGUUGAAAAUAUUUGCAUUCUGCCCUCUGCCCUCUGAGAGAUUUCAGGGCGGUGGCGAACAACAUGAAAGUUGGAGAGUUUUUUGUUUGCCUGCUGUGCAUCUGUACACCUCUUAAAGUAUCGUAACCAAAUUUUGCACGGUGGUCCUUGAGAUCAAGCAGCAGAUUUCUUUCUGUGCUUGGAUGCAACAUUCUUGAAUCAACAAGACAGACUGAACCUUAAAAAAAUUGCAGUGGUUUUAAACUGCUGAUUUCAAAAUUGCACUGAUUCUAAAAACUGGUUUCAGAACUGCACUGAUUUUUUUAGACUUCGCAAACAACACCCGGGUUCAUGGCUGCUAAAGCCACAGCAUUAACAAGCAAAUGAGUUGACAGCUAAAAACUUAAAGGCCUGACACAAAAUGCAUGGGAAAAUAUAAAAUGACUUAACCAGGGACGGAGGGAGGUUUUUUUGGCACUAGGCAGACCUCUUUGGAAAUGGCAUUCCAUAUCGGAGUGGCCACCACUGAAAAUCCCUUUCCCUUUCCCUUCUUCAUACAUAGCACACAUGUUGUUUUUUAGUGGGAUUUCUUGCCCUUGGGUGAAAAUAAAUGUUUUAAUCCACUUUAACUGCAUAAACCUAAACUUCUGGUGUGUGACUAAAUUCCUCCUGCAAAUGAUUGAAUGUCUGGAGGUGCCCUUUGUUUCUUUAUUACUUUUAUAUGUUGGUUUUGGAGACUCGUUUUCUUCAUCAAGCAGUGUAUGGUCUGAAAUUAGCUCCUGUCUUGUGGGUUGCUGACAUGUACCUUCCUGGCUAUUGUCACUUUUCUCUGAGAGCCAGUAUGGUGUAGUGGUUAAGAGCGGCAGUCUCGUAAUCUGGGGUACUGGGUUCGCUUCUCCACUCCUCCACAUGCAGCUGCUGGGUGACCUUGGGCUAGUCACACUUCUUUGAAGUCUCUCAGCCUCACUCACCUCACAGAGUGUUUGUUGUGGGGGAGGAAGGGAAAAGGAGAAUGUUAGCCGCUUGGAGACUCCUUCGGGUAGUGAUAAAGUGGGAUAUCAAAUCCAAGCUCUUCUUCUUCUUCUUCUCUCCCACCUUCAGGGUUCCGAGUUCGAGUGGAGCGCGAGACCCAAGAAAGUGCCUUCCGCGUCUACGAAGUUAUCAUCCUGGAGCCCUUGCAGUACAGUGAGCAAUGCUUAUUUCAUUUUCUUAAGUUUACGAAUUGCUUCCUAGGAAAUACCUUGAAGCGAUUCAACCAUAAAGACGACGACAGCAACAACAACAAAACCUAAAAUAAUUUGACAUAUAAAAGCCAUUACAGCAAUUGCAUGUAUAAAAAACGGGUUCAGAUCCAACACAGACACCGGCUGGGCUAAAAAUCUCCACUUCAAUGGCUUGUUGGAAGCAGAAGGACAUCAACAGGAGUUGAAAAGGCAAUGGAGAUGGCGACAGCAGCGGAGGAGCGUAUGCCCCAAGGGCACAGAGGGCGCCCUCCGCAGGUCACAGUUCAGGAUUAGGAGAGGGACGGGAAGGGGCCACUAGGGGCGCAUCAGAAGAUGGCUGACAAUAACAUCUCUCCGACCCACACAAGGUAAUUUGGAGGCUGUGAUGGGAGUAAAUAGCCUCCCUACCCCCCCCCAGGAUUGUAGGGGGGGGACUGCCCUUGCCUGCUGUGCCCUAUACCACCCCCGAAUUUGUGGGGAUGGGGGCACUAGGCACAAUGCCCUCCUGUGGGAUUUCGGCGCUCCUGGACGCCGUCUCUGAUCCGCGCCCCUAGCUGCAAGAACUUCAAAAGAAACAAUUUGGAUGAAGCGAAUGUACAUAUUUCAAGGAAGGAGGGGGAGUAAAGACUGCUAACAGAAGAGAUCUCUGAUAAAACAAGACGAGUCGGAGGAACAAGUAUAAAUCAUGAGACGAUACGCCAAGACUCGGUAUGGCAAAGGGACUGAUGGGGGAGGGAGGGGAAAACUUUCCUUUCUUUCCUUUAUGUGAUUAAACAAGAAUCGCCCCCCUCACAAGUCAGAAAUGUCAUUUUAAGGACUUAAGCUGUGGAUUUAAGGCUGUGUGGAGAUAAACUUUCGAACCAAAGCAUGUUUUAAGAAGAGCGUGGAAUGUAUAAGGGCUUUGGAAUGACGCAGUUAAAAAUACCGUCGCCAUAUUGGGAAGUUCUGUCGGAGGACUUAAGUCUGGGAGGAGAAAUAGAGAAAUAGAGCUGUUUUUAUAUUGUGGGUGAAACUCCUCAGAGGGACUUAAGAACGACAGUUCUGUAAUUAAUGAUGGAAAGAGCGAUGUUAUCUAUGAAGGCGAUGAUAUAUGGAAACCAUCUCGAUUUGAGGAUUGGAAGAACGGAAAAAUUCACACAGGAUUAUUAUUGGUGUUUAUCGGCUUAAGGAGACUAUCAGAAGAUAUCAUAAAGAAAAAAGAGAAAAUAUAUGAACAAGAUGUGAUGUGGAAACAGCAAGAUAAGGCUGGAUAGAAUUAUGAACUUUGUUUGGACUGAUUUGGACAUUAACGCAGUAGCAAGAAGAUGAUCAGAAUCCCCCUUCGGAUCUUGAAAUAUGGGUCCCCUCAACAAAAUUUAAAAUUCAGCUUUGUAAAUCGGAAUUUAUGUGAUGUGAUUUGAUUUGAUUUGAUUGGCCGGUUAAUAAAAAUUAUUUAAAAAAAAAAAUAGGAGAGGGGCGGGAAACUGCUGCCCACACUCCUCCUGCUCCGGUCUGACCUGGCAUCAGAGGAGGUGCCUCGCAGCCAAGGAGGGUGGGCAGUAGCGCUGCCACCCACUGACCUGAUCUCCUUCCUUGGGUCAGGCGUGACCCGGGCCCCACGGAGCUGCGCCUCACCCCACAAGCGCCUCAGCCGAAGCACAGCUCCUCCUGAUGCAGAGUCAGGCCAUAGCUGUCAACUUUCAGAUUUGAAAAUAAGGGAUCAGCAGCUGCAGCUGUCCCGGGGACAGUCUACCGGAUAUCUAACAAUCCAGGAUAGCAGCGAGAAAUGGCACUGGAAUAAGGGAAUUUCCCGCAAAAAAAGGGAAGGUUGACAGCUAUGAUUCAGGCUCCAAUGAAAGAGCCUGCUGUGGGGGCGCAAACAGCAAAAUUGGGCCCGGGACCACGCCACCCACAGCUCCCCUCUGCUUGCUGCCGAUUCCAAAUUGCCCACUGAAGCCUUCUUAGAGGGGUAGUUGGUUGCAGACCCAUUUGCUAGGCUUUGCUCCUGUUGUCUGCCACCUGUAGCUGGUCCCCAACCCCAAAACAAAACCGUAGCUCAGGCGCCUGGAGUGCCACGUGUGCCCUCCGCCCAGGGGCGGGGCAAGCUGGGGCAGGGUGCGCUGCUUCGAGCCUCGCCAGCGCAACCCACCCCCCAGCUGUAGGGUGGCUGAGGGAGAGGCGGCGGGCGGAUGCAAUGGUACCUCGGGUUACAUACGCUUCAGGUUACAUACACUUCAGGUUACAGACUCCUUUAACCCAGAAAUAGUACCUCAGGUUAAGAACUUUGCUUCGGCAGCAGGAGGACCCAUUAGCUAAUGUGGGUUAAGAAUGGACCUCCAGAACGAAUUAAGUACUUAACCCGAGGUACCACUAUAAUAGUAAUAGUAAUAAUAAUAAUAAUAAUAAUAAUAAUAAUAAUUAUUAUUAUUAUUAUUUAUUUAUACCCCGCCCAUCUGGCUGGGCUUCCCCAGCCACUCUGGGCGGCUUCCAACAAAAUAUUAAAAUACAGUAAUGUAUCAAACAUUAAAAGCUUCCCUGCCGUUUUGGGCAGAGUGGAGCCUGCAGGUGGCCAAGCCGCCACGUCACAAAGCCCAUAGCCAUUUUGUCACCCCUUCAGGGAUGACACCCAGGGCGACCCGCACCCACCGCACCUCCCUUCCUACGCCACUGGAUGGCGAUGAUCUUAAAAAUAAAACAAAAUAAUUGUAAGUUUUUAUUGAGGCCUUUAUCCCACAAUGAAACUAACCUGACCUGUUCAGCUCAUUUUCUCUUAUAUUAUUCUCACUGCCCCCCCCCAUCACCCCCUGACUCCCAUUCUCUCUUCCUCUCCAGUCGCAGACGUUGGGAUCUCUGAGAACGAGAUCAGGCGCUUUGUGGUCCGUGCUGCCUGUCGGACUCGCUUGGUCACCGGCCAGGAGUAUCUGCUGAUGGGACGCGACGGGGAGACCCGGGAUGCCAAAGGACGGUAGGUUGAGGAGGGGAGGGGAAUCAGGUGUGCAGUGGGCUGGUUGGGGGGCGGGAGGAAGGCCCAGUAGGAACUGGUACCCAGAAACAGAGCUCACUGGCCUUCAGGGCUUUUUGAGAGAAGGGAGUUGAAAUAUACUCGGAGUCGAGAGUGGUUUUCAUGCUCUUUAUUCAGCUCAUAGUGGUGAGGAGGAACGAAAGUUCCCCCAGAAUAUCUGCUUUAUAUACAUUAUUUACACAAUGGGCCCCACAUAAUUGGCUAAUUCCGGGAUUCACCUGUAGGCCAAUCAGGUUGCGGAUUCUCUUCCACUUGGAGCUGGAUUGGGUGGCUCCUGUGGACCAAUCAGACUGCUGCCUUUUGGAUCCUAUUCAACUCAGUACAUAACACCAGUCAUGCUUUAGGGAUCAGCUGCUGAGACGGGGUGGCUAACUUGUGGCCCUUCGAGAGGUUAUUAGACUGCUGUUCCCAUCAGCCCCAGCAAGUCAGGAAUGAUGGGAAUUGUAGUCCAGCAACACCUGAUGGUCCACAAGUUCCCCAUCCUUGGGGCAACGGUCAGGCACUUGCUGAAGCAGAGAAGAAAAGAGGUGGGGCGCAAAUGUUUAAUGAUAACAAUGCCAGGGCCGAAAUUCAGAGGCAGUUUAGGAAGUUGCCUUAUGCUCAACCCAUCUAGCUCAGUAAUGUGGUUUUGGGUCCUCGUAUUUACGUGAUCUCCUCGCUGGCCCAAAUAGGACUAAUUUAGCCAGCUAGCCUUGGUGAUCAUCUAAUGUUUAUUGGAUGGAUUUCCCCCCUAAAUUGAUUUUUGAAUUCUGAAUUUAUUGUUAUUCACGUUUUAUACUGUAUUUUAUGCUGUUUUUUGUUGCAUCAAUUAAGUGUUUUAAAUUUGUUGUUAGCCGCCCUGAGUCCGGUUUUCUGAACUGGGAAGGGUGGGGUGUAAAUAAAAAUUUAUUAUUAUUAUUAUUAUUAUUAUUAUUACACAGACUGGCAGCAGCUCUCCAUGGUUUCAGGCAGGGGGCACUCCCAGCCUUCCCUGGAGGAUUCUGGGGACUGGAGAGCCAGUGUGGUGUUGUGGUUAAGAGCGGCAGUCUCGUAAUCUGGGGAACCGGGUUCGAUUCCCUGCUCCUCCACAUGCAGCUGCUGGGUGACCUUGGGCUAGUCCCACUUCUCUGAAGUCUCUCAGCCCCACUCAGCUCAUAGAAUGUUUGUUGUGGGGGAGGAAGGGAAAGGAGAAUGUUAGCCGCUUUGAGACUCCUUCGGGUAGUGAUAAAGGGGGAUAUCAAAUCCAAACUCCUCUUCUUCCUGUAUGCAAGGCAGAGGCUGUCCCGUUCAGCUACGGCCCUUCCCUCAAACGCUCCUUCUCUGUAAAUGCAGCUGUUUUGGAGCGCAUAUUUGCCAAGGCAGCUCCAAAUUAAACUCUCCUGCGUACAUUUUUUGUGGAAGGGGGUGAAUAUGCCUGGCUUUUUACACGCUGACCCGUCUUCUCCGCAGCCCCCAGUACCUGAUGGAUAUGAAUUCCUGGAUUGAGGAGCUGCCCAAGUCCCAGAGCUGCCGAGCCACGCAGCACCGCAACACCUGCUCCCAGCUCCAGUCAUUCAUCUCUUCCUUUGCCAUCAGCGGCUGCCGGGUCUAAGCCACAGAAGGGGCUUCAUGUCUCCUGCGCCCCCCCCCCCCCCCAUUUAGAUGCACCAGAACUCUGGCCUCUGCAGCGGAGUCGCUUCCAAGUACGAUAUAUCAGCUCUGCUACAUUUGGGAGGGGGCCUCGCUCACCCUGCUGACGGGGGACCCCUGCGCCUGAGAGUGUGCCUGGCCUUUUUAAUGCUUUUAACGAGAUUCUGGCUGCUAAUUUCUAGGGAGCCCACAGAGCCACUUAGAAAUAACAGGAAUAUGUGGCCAAAAUGGCAGACGGCUGCCUACAGUGUGUGUCUUUAAAAUCGGUGUCUGUUCCAUAGGAACAGGAAAAUGUAUGCCCAGAGCAUAUUUGAACAAAACGGGCAUUCUCACCUGAAUUUAAAACGACAGUUUUUCUUUGCAUAACAUCAGCUACGUUUACAAGUUCAAACAGCAAUUUCUGUCUGCGAAUGAUGACGAGGGGUAGCCAUUAGCCGAAUGAGAAAUACCGGCCUAGUCCUGUCCAAAAAGCUCUCGGCAUUAACCUUUUUUAUUUUAGGUUUCGCCUGCAGCACCUUACAAUGUAUUUGCACUGUUCAAAUGGCAAUUUUAUUCAUUAAAAAGAAAGCGUUGCUUCCUGGUUUUGUUUCCUCUGCCUGUUAAUUCUUUCUGCUGCCAUCUUGAGUCUUGAGGGGUCACCAGGCUCAGGAGUAAUGGAGUGUCCGGCUGAGGUGGACAAGGAGGGGAAACAGGAGGACGACAUGUGGCAGGCUGAGCUUCAGGAGGUGGGUACUUCACCCUCCCAGGAUACGGAUGCCCCGGCUGGAGAAGCAGAACUCCCAUCUCUCCUCCCGCAGACUGACCCCCAGACUCAUAAGAAACUGAUAACACAAGGUUAUGUUUUGCCUGUCGUUGCACCCAACGUGUCCAUGGCUAGUUGUAUUUAGAGUGGGUCCAUUUAAGUUAAUAGAAGCAAUUAAUUUUGGCCAACCCGUUUGUUCAAACACACAGGUUAUGCCAAUUCAAAGUGCUUCACUACUAAGCCAAAGAUAUUAGGUAGACAGAGGAACGAGUAUCAUAGCAUUGUAGAGCUGGAGGGACUCCAAGGGUCAACUCUAUGAUACUAGGUUUACGAACCAUACCAUAGCUGUCAACUUAAGGGAGAUUCCCUUAUUCUAAAUAGGAUUCCUCGCAAGAAAAGGGAAAAGUUGACAGCUAUGAACCAUACUGAACAUGGGUUUAAAAACAAUACAAAUAAAAAGCCAAGGUAUGUAUGUAUGUAUGUAUUUAAAUUUCUAUACCAUCUUUCAUCUGAGGAUCAGAGGGUGUUUUACC